CUUUGGGGUGUAGUUGUUUGAGGAUUGAACUAAAGCACUUUUUGUCUGCAAGUUGGUGAUUUCUUUACAAUAGCUCAUUAAAAAAGCUUUUUUAAGGAGGUUUUUUCAAGGAUGGGUGGAGAGGCAUUUUAUUUAUAGAGCUCUGGAAAGGAGGCUAAGUUCUUCAUUUGUGGCGUUGAAGAAAUGACGUCACCAACGUUUCACAUUUAGACAACAAUUUAUGUUGUCUUUCUGGGAGAUGGCAUGAUAAUCACAGAGCUAUGAAGCAAUAACACCAAGUACAGCAUUCAAAGGCUUUUAGAACCAAACCCUGUAACCAAAAAGAGGCAUUUAACAUUUUUAUGCAUUUUGCCUCCAGGCUGAAUUCUUCAUUGAUAAAGUAUUGUUGACUACUUUCCUAUCAUAGCAAAAUCUUUGGCCUUAAACACACCAUGUUCCUUUUUUGUGCGACUGGGAGACAAAACUAUACAAACACGACACAAUGGACACGCUGCAAAGCUACUAAGCCUGUACAGAUUAUCUCAGACCUGUAUUUCUGGUUUGGCUUAAUGGUAGGUAGCAUCACAAGUCAUGCAGGCCGAGCCAAGGAAGCACUGAUUAACAUGGCGGAAAGGGAAAGAAAUGAGAGGAUUGAAGACAGGAUUUCUGAAUUCACAUGCUUUAUUUUGUUUUAAAAGAGGCAUAACUUAUAUCCUUUAGUGGAGAUCAGUAGGCUGUAUUUCCGAGAAAGAAGAUAAGGAUAGAGAAAUACUUUGUAAUUGACUUUGACAGUAACAAGAAUCAUGUGGCUCUUGUGUCUUUUAUCCUUUGAAACAGCUGUUAUAUUUGUUACAUGAAGGGUGAUUCGGUAUAUGUUAUUAAAAGCAUAUGACUACCUUUAAUUAAGUGUAUUAUGUCUUUAAAUGGUGUAUGAAAUAGGGAAAACCUAUCGAGGCUACAUAUCAGUUCAGAUCCAUUCAUAUAUAAGUGGAGAGACAUAAAUAGAAAAUCAAAUCAAGUAAUGACCUGAAAGUUGAGCUAAUUUUAAGCACAAAAAUGCCAACCUUUGUUUCCUUGGGAGUGCAGUGAAUGAGGUGUCAUUAUUUAUGGAAAAUUCUUGAGCGCAAUUUAAGUGCAACUGCUGUAGAGAAAUUACAAAAAAUAUAAAGCUAAAUAGAGAUCUUUAAGGUUGGGCUGACAGAGAAGCAGUAGUAUCUGAGUGCGCAUGAAAAAAAGACUCAACCCUUUACUUUACGCUGCACGAGUCAAAAUUUGGAACCCGCAAAAAGCUAAAAAUGAGAACAAUGUGUUCGACAGAUGUGUUACCCAGAUAAACCUGUGCAGCUCGGCUGAGGCUCAGUGUGCACAGCAAUAGGAAGCUGAGGUGUGAGGUGUUAAAGGUGCACAACGCUACGCAGCUUGACAGAGGAAUUUAGGACACUCUAUACAUACCUACUGUACAGAGUAAUUAGAAAUUCUUUGCAUAUCCAUAAGCUGAAGGGGGUCAGAGGACAUGGUCAGCAGGAGUCACGCCUCAGGAGCAGCUAGGGUCCAUUGUGUUGCUCAAGGUCACUUCAGCUGCAGAUUUGUAUGCACAUUGACACGGUUACCACAGGCUUAUUCUGCUGCAAGCAAUGACUUGUCUGAUCAACAGAGCAACAAUCUCAUUUGCUUAAUUAAUGUAGUUAAAAAAGACUGCCUAAAAUGAGACUUUUUAUAAGUCUUCCUAUAAAUUAUGAUAACCAUGAAUCUGGUUUUGAAAAAUAUGAGUCCACUACAUCUUUUACCCGUUCUUUAAAGUCUGUAUUCGGCAGGACACGAGACGCCCGGCUUGUGUAAAAGAACCAUCUCAAUAAGGAAUGGAAAUGCAUCAAAAAUGUGAUUUAUCAUCAUUUUCUUAUAAUUCAGAAUGUGUUAUUUUUAAGCACUUUUACAGCUUCAUAAGCUCCUACUUUAACAGUUUAAAUUAUCUAUUUACUUGAAGAAUGUUUUAAUGUACAUUUUACUCACUUUAAGUUGCAAUUCUCCCUCCACCUCCUUCUUUGUCUGUUAAAGCAGAAAAAAUGCCUGUAACAUGUGGGCCUAAUAAUAAAACUCAAACCGUUGGUAAUCAAAAAAAUUGUUUUUCCUAUUUUAUUCUAAUUAAAAGUAGAAUUUUCAUAAAAGAAAAUCUGUGUAAUUUUUGAAGUUUAGUAGCUUGCAUCAUGUAAAUUAAGGUGGGUGCAAAGAGGACAAUCCUGUCAGUAAACGUGAUUUUUUAAAUUUUAUUUUAUGGUGAUGCUAAAGGAUAAAUCUUUCUCAAUUAAUGCAUUUCCAUAUGUUAGUUUGAAUCAUUUUCUUUAACGGUCCCCUCUAGCUCAGACAAAACAUUGGUCCUUAGAGCUCCCCUGGUGGGAUUUUUUUUCCUCUUUUAGAUAUGGCUUCCAAGUAGCCUCCUGGCAUUAUUUUUGCAUGAUCUUUGCUCUUCAUAAAACAUAAAGAUCACACUAACUGCAGCAUCAAACGGGCAUUCAUAUAGCAUUACGGUUGGAAUUUUGUGUAUGUUAUUGUAAUAAUGAAAUAAAGUACAAUUAACCGCCAGUUCGGUUAUUUACCUGUAAUAUCUGUAUGUUGAUAAAAAGCUAUUUAAGCAAUUAUAAUGGCGUUAUUAAGGCUACACUCCUGUAGAGUGACUCCGUUCCGUAUUCCAGAUGUUACCGUGCAGUAGUUGUAAGUAAUCCACUCCGGGUCUUACAGCCGCCCGGUCCUCUCCACUGAACUCCAACCCCCGCGCUCUCUAUCAGCAUCUCAUUCCUGUCUCAAUAUGUCUCAAGAUGGCGGCCAAUGCAGGAUCGAUGUUUCAAUAUUGGAAGCGCUUUGACUUACAACAACUACAGGUCAGUUGACCCUCUGUUUAAACCGUCUAGCCCCGUGUUCGCUUAGGCUGGCUUGUGCCUUUCUGCCGUUGUGUUUUGUGUUUUUUUUCUGCCGUUGCCUCGUAGGUGUUUGGGAAGAGAAUUCAAGACCUCUUCCUCACAUUGAUGAAAGUGGCUCUCUCGCUGAUCAGAAAUUGAUCCUCUUUGUUCAAUUCAACAUCGAUCGGACACUGCAACUGGGCAAGCCGGGGCGACGCCGCGGGGAUGCGCUGAAAUAAAAACAAAACGGCGGGGCUUUGGUGGAAAGCUUUCGGAUAGCUAUCUUUAUUGCGUGUUCUUCAACUUUUACCGGAGCGAGUAGCCGUAGUUAGCCCGACGCUUUAGCCGCUGGAAGGUUUGAUAAUUUGGGGGAAAAAUAAGUGCGACUCAUUAUACGGUGGCGCUGUGGUGACACCAACCGUUGAGACGAGCUGCUCAGACACACAACAGCGCUUUUACUCGUGUUUUUUUCCGCUUUUAAUUGACAAUUUGUUAAGUUUAUUCGAACACAAGUGAAAACAUUAGCAGCGUUAUCGGCUAACGGUUUUGAAGCAGUUAAAAUAGAAGUCGUCUCAGUGAUAAUGGUUGAUAAAGUCAGACGUUUCUUCCCUUUCUCGGUUUCUCCUUACUGCAAUUAUACACAGUGAGAGGUUUUUUUUUGCCACGUCUGAGAAAGUGGGACUGGGACGGGACAGUGUUUAUUUUCGCGGUGUAACAAUAUAAAAAUGGUUUAGAAAUAUUGAAAGAUCAUGACCGUGUUAAUUAAGAUGAACUCCGGUUAUGUCCCAGUCUCGUGCACUGUGAGAUUAGCCGCGUGCACGAGAGAUCCAGGAGGCAAAUAUUGGGGCCUAUUCAGUGUGUGAAUAUAGCUUGUGUAAAUUAGAGCGUGUUUGACCUAUCACAAGACACGCAGACAAUGGCACUGUUGUGUUUUCCCGUGGCAUUUAACGUGCAUUGCUGAAUUUCAAAUCACAAUUUAUGAAUAUUAGCAGUCUAGUCCACAUCUUCAUUUACAUAAAAUUGCAUUAUGUAGGCAAGUCCCAAUUGUUCAUACAUUAUUUUGUGAAUUGCUCAAGGCAUGGGAUUUAAACUUUUAUUUAGGUCAUGAUGCCCCUAUGAACUGGGUAGACAAAAGGACAGUGAACAAGUCUUCCCAGCAGGCUUUGUGUCGCACUUAUGCCACAUCAUCAAGGCUUCACUUCUCCUAUUUAUUUGAUCUGGUUUGGUCCUCCUACUCGUGCCCCCUUGUUCAUGCAUUAUGUAAAAAAUUUGCUUUCUCUUUUCUUUCCUUACUAUCUAUCUCCCACCCCCUUCCUGCCUGCUUGCCUGCCUGCCUGCCUGUCUGCCCCCCUCUCCUCCCAAUCUUCUCUCUCCCUUGCCUCCCCCCUCCCACCCUUUAUCAUUUUUUCCCCUCUCUCUUCCCUGGCCCUUCACCCUGCUUUCACCCAUUUCGCCCUCUUGGAAGAACUGGUGUGUGUGUGUGAGAAUUUGUCUGAGAUCAGUCUUUUUUCGUGGAUUGACUGCCAGCGCGGACAGUGAAGGCACUGCCAGCAGCCAGGACAUGAAAAAUGCAUCGCAUAAGUUUGUGAUAAGGCCCUGGGUAAUUAUGGCAAAGGCCCCUAUCACAAGCGAUUAGUCAGGACAGUGAAUCUGAGCGUGUGCAAAAAGCCUGGCGGUUGGCAGCCCUGUCUGCAGGAUAGGAAUCAGUCGGAGCUUGUGUGUGUUUGUGUGUGUGCAGAACUGCUCAGAACAUUCACUGUCUAUUAUUGAUGACAUCUUAUUUACUCUCCCUCCCACUGAGAGGCUCCUAGAGGAAAGCCUUCAGAGGAGAAGAAGCUUUUUUUUUCUUAUCCGGUUUUUGACGAUAAUGCGGGGUUAGUAUGAUAUGAUCAUGGUCUACACAUGGCCUUGUCAGCCAAUUGCUUUCUCAUUUGCUUCUAGUGUGUGAUUGAACGGACAGCGUGUACUUAGAUUCACUGUCUGUUUUGUCUGUGUGAGAGGCACCAGCAAAGGAAUGUUUUCUCCCUUUUUCUCUCUGUUUCUUUUGAUGAUGAAAAUCCAACCCAAGCUAGAUGUCAGUAGCUUUAAGCCAUCAUAGCGUCUAUUCCUCAGGCUCCAAACUGCUGAUGUUCAUUAAAAUCCUAUUUGAUCAGUGUGUCCCGUUCGCUGUGUGAGAAACUAGCUAGGUGGUUGUUACAGGACAGAGAGUGCUUUGAAACAGCACAGCGAGCUGUUAACUUGUCUUCUCCGUGUGCUUUUUUUCCUCCUUUUUUUCCCCUCCCUCCCCACUCCACCAUCACUACAAACACAAAUGGGUGCAACAGUGAUGCUUUUAGCAAGGUCUCGCACACUUGCAAAAUGGAUCAGUGAUUCAGAGAUGAUGGCAGGGUGACAGUGAAUUACAGAUGGAGGAGGUUUUAACGUCUGUAAUCCCUGUCCGUCCAUUACAGAGUUGAGUUUCUUUAGAGGGGAUCAUCACUCUUCUCUCCUGUUGUUUUUUUCCUUUUUUUUGACCCAGUCAAGCAGUUUGCUGGAACAUUGUGUUUCUACUUGAGAGUGACGAGAGAUUGCGCUCCAUUGCAGACAAGCCUCAAUAAGAUAUGGGCGAGAAGCUGAGCCCAAACCUAUACUUAAUAUUUUCUGUGAAAGCUCUUAAAAUUAAGAACAGACCUUCCUGUGAUACACAAUUCCCAAUUUAGGUCCUGGUAGCGUACAUCUCACCUCAUAAGACUUCCUGGAACAAAGCGCCCUAGAGCUGUUUGAAGAAAUAGUUAACUAUGUUAACGUACAGCUCGGACGAAAACUGAUCGAGCUUGUUCUUAUUCAACACCUCCUAAUGGGUAAAUUUAGGAAAAGGCUUUUGUAAGUUGAUCCCAGAACUGUGGUCAGAGGCAACCUGAGUGGUUUAAAUCUCUCAGCAACUGGCCCGCUGUUGUCUGUAGGAGUUUUAGUGUUAAUUUAUGAGCUGGUUGUCUGAACUCACUGGUGGGAUAUUUUUACCCCUCUGUUGCUGCACAGGCUGGGGGAGCAAAGAGGAAGGGGGGCAUCACGUCAUACUUUUACUGUAGCCAACCGCUUCUCUGCCCAGUGACAAAACCUGGCAUUGGGACUGAGGUUUCACUGUGUGUCGGUGGGUGGUGAACGACUAAGCAUGAGUCAGAGAGAGAGGGACGAGUGCAUGUCAGGUCUUUGGUCUGCCCUCGGUCUGCUUUGGUUGGAGCUAUGUCAUCCCACUCUUCUGAGAGGUUAUCCUACCGCACAUAAGACUGGAAGAAAUGCACAGCUCUCAGAAGUUGAAAAAAAAAAAUCUUCUUUGUCCAUCUUAUCAGUGGCUGAUUCCCAGCCGGGGCCCAAACUCCCAAACUCUUCAGUGAUUUAGUGAACGUCUCACAGCUCCUCCACCCUCCCCCUGCUUUGAGGAGUGACUGCUCCAGACCUGCUAUGUCUGAUUUUCAUACUGAAGGAAAUAUAAUUAACCCUGCAAAAGUCAAUAUCCAAAUAUUUAAUUUUACCCUGCAUGGUAAGAGAAUUUUUGUCCAACGUGGUCUGAUGUUUGAACAAAAGAUAAAAAGCAUUAAACAGAAGUCUAAAAAUAGGCCUACCCAAACAGAUGGAGUCAGCAGCUCUUAAUGCAGGCUUUAAGCAAACUUGUGUGAAAAACAGACAUGUUUCCUGAAGGUGUGGAAGUCUCUGCUUAUGGUUCCAAAUAUUGCAUGAAACUUUUUUUGUAAUGUUAAAUAAGCAAUACUGAAACCCGAAAUGUGGCCGCAUUUAGUUUUUGAGCUACAAUCUCGAAAUGUCAAAGAAAAAAGACGCAAAUAUUCCAAAAAAUAAAAAACUAUUACACUAUGAAAUUCCUCUUUAAUGAUCCUAGUUAUAUUACAAGGUUUCUGCCAUUUAAUUCCAGCGUGUUUUCUGUAACCCUGAGAAAAACAAGACUGCAUUCAUAAUUUUGAAGGUUGUUUAAUCAUAUAUGCAAAGAUUGCAUGCAGAGAUAUGCCUGGAAAAAAAACUAGGACAGCACAAAGACAGUACAGAGAGUUUUUGUUGCAGUGACUUUAAUGUUCUCACACUUUGAAAUGAAUCAUCAAGACUGAUUUCACAAAAGAAAUUUUAUAAGCUGUUCAAAAUUAACGAAGCUUCCCUCACAGGCUGAUUGUAGACAUCACAAUGUGUUAGAGAGGCCGCCUGGCUUCUAUGAAAGAAUAUAAACUUUUUUCAUCUAACGUUAUUACUUUGUGCUUUGUCUUGCUCUUCUGAAACACACUGAGUUUGAGACCUCCAGUGUGAGUACACACUAGUCACCUAAAAGAAGUGUUUUGAAGGUUUCAGUCAUUAAAAAAGUGUUUUUUUUCAUGCUCAGCUAGCAUCCUAAUUCAGACUUUAUUAGCACCAUACAAUCACAAAUUAUCUCCCAGGUACCCCAAAAUAUCAGAGUAUUACGGCAGAAUAAAAGACAUUAUUGUGCCUUGAAAUGUGACUGAUUACGUAGUUGGCGCUGCUACAAAAUUUCCACACAAAAUCUUGUUAUAUUGCUUAUAUAUUUUCCACCACCUAAUAGUAAAACACUCAAAUGUAACUACACAAAACUUCCACCCAACAACCAACAGCUCAAGCACAACAUGGGGGCAGUUUCCAGAGACCUAUUUUCAAGUGGCAGGCAUUAUUUACAGCCCCACUUGGAGUCUCUCUCUCUCACCUACAGCAUCAUAGAGUUUCAGCGUAUCUCAUGACAGAAGCAUCCAUUAUUCUGCUGCUCUGUAUUCCUGCAGAGAGAGCUUUAGUGACUGGACACUUCUCUUCAGGUUCACUUUUAGAAUAUACUGGCUGUUUCCUACUUCAGGACGGUGCCCACUAUUUUAUUUAAAAACCAACCAGUGCCUCCAAGGCCGAUGUAAUCUUGUAUAGUCUAUUGUUCUACGUGUAAUAUUAAGCCAACGGUUUUCAGUAAACACGAAUCUCGCAUUCCUAAGGGAAAAAACGUCUGUUCUUGUCCAUAGUUGACUGGUAAAGUAAAAAUACACACACACACAGAAGUGCAGACCAGCAGCAGGCUAAAAUCGAGUUCUUAUUGUGUUGAAAAACAAGCCUCAGUUACAUUUCUCUUGAUGCUUUUGUUCUUAUUUUCUGGCUUGUCUACCUCAUGCUUUUUCACUCUCUUCAAUAUGAUCAGAUAAAAAAUGUCAGCCUUUUAUUCAGUAGUCAAUACGUGUUAGCUUUGAGUGGUACGGACCUGCGGAUAGCAAACUAUAUAUUCAUUCUCUAUUGAUUAAUGUCAUACACGUGUGUAUCACUGUGUAAUAAAGUAGAAGUCUCAAAUGAUUAAUCUGCAGAUUAUCUUGUUGAUUAAUUAUAGAUUUGUUUGACCCAUUAAGUGUCAGAAGAUAUUUGAUAUGCCUGUCACAUUUUCCUGAAGCCUGAGAUGGCAUGUUUUGAUUGCUUUUUUUAAUCUGAGUGCCAGAAGGAGUCCAAAGAUAUUCUGUUCAUAAUGAUGUAUAAAUGGAGAAAAUCAAAAGACCCUCGCAGCUUAGGAAGUGUGUGCCAAAACUGUCCAGAUCUUUUACUACAAAAACAGCUAAUCAGUUUUCCAAAAAAGUCGACGUUUACUCUCCUGACAUUUGAGAAAUUUAUUUUAUUUUUCAUCAAUUCAUCAGCCUCUCCUGUAUUUUCCAUUCUUCAGAGUCAUUUUACACAUUAUGUGUGCAGUACAUGACGAUUAGAGUCAAGUGUGGAAACCUAAGAAAUGUGCGGUGAGAACAGCUCCUGAGUAAUGACAACUCUGGGUGAAAAUCUGACUUAAAGGCAAUACAAGAAAUCUGAGCUUUUUAAAAAGCCAUUCGAUUUGCUCGCACAGCGCAGAAUUCUGAUGACCCAGCAACACCAAAGCCUGGAUGAGAUUUGCAGUGUUUCUGAGGAGUCAAACACGAAGUUAACAUGGAAAUACAAACAGAGGCAAUGGACCAGAAAACAAAACGGGAGUCCCAUUUCCACAAGGUACCGCAAUGUGAUAAUUUAGACCAACUGCAGAUGCUCGGUCACACAGUGGGGGAUGGUGUUCGAAACAUUUCUUGACAAGUUCGGCUGAGCCCACUCCAAGCCGUGCCUUAUUUUUUUUACAUUUCAAACAUAUCCACCAGAAUGAUACUAGCUCCAUUAGCAAACGCCCGGUGACCUUAAGCGUCUGGUGUUGCCGAGCCUUUUGGUGAACCACUUGCUCUACCUAAUUUUAGUGUUGUUUAUCUCGCUGUUAUCAAGGAGUCUGCCGGGCUAAAUAGGGCCUGAGGAAGGAUCCCUAUGUGCAGACCUCUUCCCAUGUCAACCCAUGACUCCAGUAUCAGUGUCCUGUUAGAUCAUUGACCACAGGUAUUGAAUUCUAAUAGGCCUAUUGGUGUGUCCUAAUGGUCCAAGUAUUGAAUUAUGAUAUUGGUGUGGGUGGAUGGCCUCAAGAUUGAAUUAUGAUAUUGGUGGGCUGCGGGCUAAUGGUUCUUCGUAUUGAAUUAUGAUAUUGGUGCACUUUGAUGGUGUAAGGAUUGAAUUAUGAUAUGGCAUGCUAUCUGCUAAUAGCUCACUCUGUGUAAUUUUUAAUGUCAAUCACAGCUUCUGUUGCUGGAUCCAUAACAGGCCUUCAGGCCCAACUCAUCAGUCACAUGAGAUAGGAACAGAAUUCAACCUUUAGCUUCAACUUAUGUUACUUAUCUUUUCAGACUUGUCCAUCCAGGAGUUUGUUAUUGUAUUAUACUUUUUAUUAGAGCUUUUUAGUAUUGUUGCUGUCCUCUAUUACCUUUCAAAUCCUCUCUAAUUCCUUUUUUUAAACUAAAGAUGAAAGAACUUUCCCCCAUCCUCCUCACAGUUAUAAGUAUAAUGGUUCAAUGUGAGAGAGGAUUUGGCUUUUUUUCAGAUGUAAUGGAACAGUAAUGGUCCUAAUUCAUGGCUAACUUCAUUUCUCUGAGUGUCCACACCUUUUUGCUGUGUUUAUGUUGAGCUCAUUCCCAUUUUGGUAGUUUAAAAAGCAACCAGAGCUGUGAUGGUCCUGCUGCCAGCUCACAGAGUAAAUGGACGGCCUGCUUCUGUGUCAGCCCUCUAAAAAUAACACAGACUGCUGGCUGGGCUCAGCAGAAAACUACCGCCGAUUAUGAUGAUUCAACUACCCUGUAUUCACAGGUGCGUGUGUAUGUGUGUGUGUGCUGUAUGGGGGCGGUUUAUGCUUAACAAAUUGUACUCUGUGUUUGCUGAGAUAUUCACUGCUAUAGUUUGAAGUUGUAGGCUGGGGAACUUUGCUCAGUUGGAGGAACCAAUUAGGAUAUGUGAGCGGUAUCUGCUAAUGUGGAUUUUUGAAAGUUUGGUGAAACAUUAUCACCGAAAUACUUGAUUCAGUGAGUCAAACUGUUGUAGGAAGUACUUAAAAUAGUUUUCACUGCUCACACCCUGCUAUACAAGCCACACAGUCCGCCCUAAUGCAGGAUUAAUAACCAGUUUACUGGUCCCUGACUUCUGCCCACCAGAACCUGGUGAAUUCCAUGUAAUUGACACAGUCCUGUAUCUGUGAAAUUCAUUGGUCGUCCUCAGACGGUACCUUAACCCUUCCCUGACCUUUGACCUGAGCAGCUGUCAGACUGGAGUCAGGGUUCAGAGGUGGUCUGACCCCUCAGCCCCCAGUAUGACCUGGACUGUCUGACUGGUCUAACCUUUCGAGCUAACGGAUGAUGACUCUACCAUCUGUCUCGCCUUUUAACAGGUCUAGCCUCCUUGAACUUGAACUUGUUUGGGGGUUGAGAUGAAAAAACAUUAAUUUAAGGAAUUAAAGUGUCUUAUUAUAAACCAGAGCUGAAGUUUAUGCAUCUGUUUGAAAAGAUAACCAAAUGUGAAGGUAGAAGUUUCAUUCUGAUUUUUGUCCCACAAUAAAAAUGACCAGUGUGUUGUCAAGGUUUCUUUCUUUACAUGCUUUACAUGAGGAAAAAUGCCCAAGUGUGAGGAAAUAUUUUAACUUAUUCCUGAGCCUCUUUUGAGGAGUUAAAAACUGGAACUUGGUGUCCAUUGCUGCACUUCCCAGCCCGCCAUCUAACUUGUAAAAGUAAGAGUUGCCCUCUUGAGGAAAGGAGGAAGGGAGAAAGGGGGGAAGGGACUAUGUGUUUAGUAGACACAAGCUCAUCCGCUGACUGCUGUCUGACCCUGAGUUCAGCGGUAUGGUUAUUAAUAGGCCCAGAGGCCUCAACUUCCAGGAGGCCCUCUGAUCAGCUCCAGAUGUGGAAUGAGAGAGGACAAUUCUGCAUUUGCUGAUCCAUGUUUCACAUGAAGCAGAACGAAGGCAGAUAGGCAUUUGGUGAGACUGAUAAAGAGCGAGGGAAGGAGAGAGGGAGGAAGGGAGGGACAGGAGACCUUUCCACAGCAGGAGUGUGUUUUGUGAGUCUUUGUUUUCAUGUGUGUAAGUGUGUGUGUGUUUUUUUUUCGUUUAUUACACUCUCUGCCCUCAGACCAAAAGACCAUAAAAAACGUAUGGCAUCACCAUGGUGACCAUAAUAACUAGCUAUAAAACAGCGUGUAAACUGUGAAAUAAGACAAACAGACCAGAACAGCCCUGACUGGCUGGCUGGCUGACUGAAUGGCUGCCUUCCGCCAUAAAACUAUUUGAGAGCCAGACUGAAGGAAUGCCUUGGAGGCUGCUGUGGCUGUCACGACACAUGAAAGGAUUAGGCUCUGUGUUUUAUCUCCUCUUUAUCUGAUGGUAAUGGAUAAGCUGAGUGUAGCCUAUCAUCUGACGCUUGGGCCGAGGGUUUGAUGUUUUAGUAGGGUGACGGUUUGUUGAGUUGACCGCUUUGGUCUAUUGAUUGCUGUUUGAUGGUUUUGAUAUGUAGGCUGUGUGGAACAGGUCAAGUCUUUUAUGCAGUGAAGGCUCCAAAUAGCUUUUAGCUGUCCUUCACUCCCCCCCAUUACUCUAGUGGUUUCGUUUGAUGUUUGGAUCAAUCAAUAGAAAGAGCCUGAGCUCUUACACAUGCUCCAUCCUACUUCCCACUGAGCUCCACUCUUCUUCUUUCAUUGUGCAUGUCUUUAUAUCAUAUUCUUGCAACACAGAAUAAAUGAUAUAAUUACCACCCAUUACGUAGUCUAAUGCAGGCUAAUUAUUCUGUCAUUACUGUAAGGAUUAGCUAUGCUCAUUCUCUCGUCCUCACUGUGUUUCUGUGCCUCUCAAAACUCGUGCAAGCGGAGCAGAAAACUCUUACUCAUAAAGGCUGACUAAGACUCAGCCCCAGGACAUGUUCUGUUGACGCUGAUCGUAUAGACCACGGGUGUCAAACUCAGUCAGGAGGAUAGAACAUGCUAGAAAAUAGUGACAGCAUGGACAGGGCGCAGGAACAGAGUCUAGAUGUAUCGAGCCUAAUGAGGAAAUUUUGAUGUACGCUUUUGACUACAUGCAGAGGAGUCUGCAAGCUGCCUUUUUAAAGGCUAUGGGAAACACACGACUAAUGUGUCAUCGGGCAUCUUAAAAAAUUUAUGGAUACAACAGAAAGACACGGCGAAAUUAAAAUGUGGAAAAGGGCAUCACGCAGCGCAGGGGUUUAAUGUACCAGAGACACAUAAGAGCGGUGUGGCCCUUCUUUUUUACUGUCCUGUAUCAGUGCCAAUAGCAUGAAGCUGCUUGUAGUCCUUAAAUGGAAGGCUAAGUGAAUUACAACAAAUCAAAUAGGCUAAUGAAUUGAGAACAGAUCAGAUCUUAACUGAAUUAGUGCAACUUCGAACACUGCUUCAUUGUCAGGGUUCAGAGGCUUUCUAGGCCAGAAUGACUCGCCCGCACACGAGCGUGGAUGAUGAUUGGACAUCUGUAGCAUUGCCAGCCUGCACCUGUGACCCUGUCAUUAUUCACUGAUGGUUACUUCCAUUUGAUGUCAUAUAAACUAAUAGCGGCGAUGUCCAUUUUUUUUUUUUUUGCCUGAGUCCUUGGGAGCCAGGCCUUCACUGUACGUGUGCUACAAGGCCUGGAGAGCUCCACUCCUCUCCAAGACUUGAUUAAUCCCUAUCGCCCCUCUCCACGAUCGCAGUUUCCAUUUUUUAGUCCGUAUCUGUGCACUCAUCCCCUCCCCAAUCUCCUCUCACUGGCACCGAAUGGCUUCCUGGCAGAAUGGAGGCAUUAAUUCAGGGAUGAGAGGUGUGAUACUCUCUCCCUCUCUCCCUCUUUUCUCUCUCUGGUUCUCUCCCCCUCUCUCUCCCUCUCUAUAUCUGUGCUCUGUUUGUAAUGCGUGGCCUUUAUCGUUGCCGAAACAGCUCACUACCCUCUGAUCCUAUCUCAGAUCUCAAUAUCCUCGCCGUUCCACCCUGUAAACGCAGGGAUGAAAAAUCUUGCCCUUUCACCAAUGCAUUACACCCUCCUACCAUACCACCAUACCCCUCUCCAUCCAUCGCACCCUCUGCACCACUCGCCUUUCGUGACACAGGCCUCCAGCUAAAUUCGAACACUACAAAAAUGAGACCAAGUGAGCUGCACUUCCUCAGCGCCAGAAACCAUCGUAGGCUCAUUAUAUUUGUAUUUAGGCUCAGGCCUGGCCUCUGAAACCCCCUUGUCAGACAAUAGGUCGGGUAAAAUAAUGACUGGCUCUCAGUAAGCUUCAGGAGAGUUAAGGCAUGGAUGUUGGGGAGAUAAAACAACAACCAGUCUCUCAGCAGAGGAACAUGGAUCAAUACAAACGAGGCUGCGGUGUAAAAAGGCUGUUUUUGAUCCAGGCUUGCGUCAGCGUCAGCGAGGUGAGUCUUGACAGCUCCUGUGCUGUUGGUAGAUAUGGAUCUGUGUUCAAAAAAAGGAGCAAAACGCUCAGGGACCACAAGCAUCUUGUUAGACUGUGGAGAGUGGUAGGCUGACCCGCCGCCCCCAACCGCUCCACACACAAUCACAGUUGCAGAAACACACACAUACAAAAGUGUUUCAGGCCUCAGUUGUCACAGAGAAACUAUUGUGUUAGCUUGUGGUUAAGAAAACUUUGCGGCUUUGACUCCAACGGAGGAGAGGGAAAAAAAGCAUAAACAGAGAUUCAGGAGGAUAUGACUUGCGUCUAACCCUGUGUGGUUUGUGAAAACGGCGUCUGCUGGCACAGUUAAAGUCGUGCACCCCUGCUAUGUGGCAGGUAGGCAGGCAGACAGGCAGCCAGGAUCACAGCCUCUUAUCUAUGCUGCUGUUGUGCUGUGUUUUUGAGGGGGCGUGCCUGUGAUCUGUGAUCAUGUACCGUGUCGUUGUAGCAAGCGUGGCUGUCGCUCCUGACUGAGCUGCCACCCCCAUGACUCCACCCCAACCCCCCCUCUUCUUCCCCUCUAAACACACACACAGUAGGUUUGGCAUACAGAACAGUCAGCCGCAUAGUACGUGGAACGCUGCUAGGGGAGAAGUAGGGGGGAGUUUCAGAGGUAGGCCUCGUAGAUCUCAGAUAAGACAUCUUUCCAGACGCCUCCACUGUUUACUAUCAUAACCACAUAACAGCCUCAGACAUGUCAGAGAUAAAAGGAAAGAUUAGUGACUGCAGUGGUAGGACAGAAAACUUCAUCUCCUAAACAUGUGUGUCAUGUGCCAAGUACAGAGGCUGUUAAAAGGCUCCUCGCGCAGAAAAGUUUCAUUUUAAAAUAUUAGCCUCUUCUGCAGUGUGACUAAUAUAGUGUUUUUAUUACUGAGAUGGAGUGAAUGUAUUUCUGUCCGUGUCUCUCUUUGCCUGGCUUGGAUUCAAGAGUGGUACUCCAUUAGACUAAUGUGUAAAACAUGCACCGAAUGUGGAGCAGUUAACCUACAUUGUGUUUGGACUAAAGGGGGUAAUGGCAGACUACUUGGCAUGUGUGACUGCACACUAGGUGUAAACAAAGUGUUUCAUGCAGUUACAGUCCCAAUUAUUCUCCCGAGAAUGAGAUCUGAAGCGAAUCCCUGUGUGGUGCCCCCCUCCUCUGUGUGCACUCCUGGUCACCGUGGCUGCCGUGGAUCGACUUCAUACUGUGUACACAACAAUAACUUUGUUGUCAUUCCAGCAGCCUAUCUGUCUCGGCAUCGUCGGAGCGUGAGGGCAUAAGGAAUUCCACAAAGUUUUGAUACCUCAAUUAAAGUGCGUCUGUCUCCUGUUAUCUCAUUUAGUCUGCAGUCGAUAUGAUUGGCAUAAUCAGACAUGCCUGAUUGGUGCCUCCCUUUUAAUUAAUCAGUCUCACUGUAUCAUCACCUGUGGCUCAUUAGAGUAAUUAGAGCAAAUUAGUCAGAUAGAAGGCCUCUCUCUGCCUGCAGACGAGUGGAAGGAAUUUCAUUAGAAGAGAUGAGCACACACACACACCUUGGGUCCGAUGGCCAGUCGUAAUAGGAUUUGUUUACCCGUGACUGUUAUCUGUGAUUAGUAUUAUUACCACAGUGGUAGGACUCAGAGAUACUCAUUUUCCUUUGGCCCAGUGUCCCCUCCUCGCUGUGAACAUGGCUCACCAUGCCAAAUUUCGCUGGGGGGACAUGUUAGCAGACUUUCGCUUUUUGAAACCGAGUUCAAAAAGAAUGUGGAAAGACUGGGCUCCCCAAGUUACUGCCGCGGCCUGUCUGUGCACUCAUGUGAGAGCUCACGCGUGUAGAGCAGCGUGCGGGAGGCAUCUUGGCCAAGUCGGUGUUGAAGUCUCUCUAGGGAGUGUUGGCAAUCUGUUCCAAUCGUCUUUACAGCUGACCAGACGACCAAAUGAACCAGGACAGGGACUGCUGCUGUGGGCCAGUACAGCCAAGCCAAGCAGGGCUGUUACAGCAAUCACACAGACAUUACAGCCCUGCUUAAUGCUCCCCUGCACACAACCAUAUUCCAUCGUCUGCUAAACUAGACACUGCAGUCCUGACCAGCCACAGCUACAUUUAGAAACAGCUAUGGAGUUAAUGUGGGUGGUUAUAUGAGUUAAUUCACCAGUAAAUUAAACAGUUCUUGAGGUUUGAAAAGUAAAAUAUUUCAAAGUCAGGCCAAAGAGAGCCACAGAGCGCUGACCUCAGAUACUGCGCCUGAGGGCCUGACACGCAGUACACAAGUUUUUCAUGCAUGUUGCUUGGUGCUCUGCUGUGCACUGCAUGCGCUAUAUUAAAGCAUCCGCACAAGUGCUGGUAUUUGAACUCUGUCAGUAGGCAUUAAUGACUUUUCUCAUCAGAGUAUAACUGAUGCAUUAUGAUCCAGAGACUGCCCUAAUUAGCAUGAUUUUGGAUUUUGUUAAUUAGUUUUUCAUUCACGCUUUGGCCCUUGUCAAACAUUGUAAUUUGGAAGGUUUAUCAAACUAGCAUGUUGUCAAUCAUUGAUGUCAAAGCUGAUUGGAGGAAAAUCCCUGCGGUAUGCCAGAUGGCGGAGCCCCUGUCGAGCAGCCUUGCCCAAAGUUAACAGUAUUCCUCUCCAAAAAGUUUGAAGCUCAUAAAAGCCAACAAAAUAGCUGCAUUGCCUCACUGUUAUUGGAUGCAGCUUAAUAAAUUCCAAAUAAACCCUGUAAUAAAAGACUCCUAGUUGGAAACUUUGUUGCUGCAUUACUUGGACUUGUCUAUCUACCUAAUUAGGGUGUAUUGAUGUGGGAUGCUGUUGUGUUGUGUUUUCAAAAAAGCCCAUGUUUACACUGAUUACCCUCGGUCCUUUUGGCCACCCAGUAAAGAAACAGCACUGUCUUUUGAAUUAUCCUUAAUGUCUUUGGAUGGACGGUGACAGAUGCCACCACUCCUGUCAAUAAAAAUAAAGAUCUUUCUAUUUGGCGAUCUAUUAAUCUGCUAUCUUUAGUCAGGACACCGGUAAGCACUGGGACAUCACACCGGUGUUAUAAAAGAUCAAGUAUGUGGACCUCGCUGCAACGAAUUCAAACAGGUUGGCUCUAUUAUUGGCACCAAAAUCUUAUUUUAAAAUUAACAGCAACCUGUUUUAAUUAUAAGUCGGAUAUUGCUUGUGAACACAGGGCUUGACACUAACUAAGAACUUUAGGGGCGCAAUGAAAAUUGAUCAAAUAAUGUUUGUCUUAUUGUCAACACAAGUACUAGUAUUUGAAAUCAAUUUUAGGUCUUUUGGUCACGUGACAUGGAAGCUAUUGAAGAAAAUGUUCAAAAUUUGCCUUUAAAUUUAACACUAAAAUUAUGAGGACAAAUUGGUGAAUUAAAGAAGUGUGUCUUAUUGGUCAACAUUAUUAUUUGCAAUCAAUUUUAGGUCAGUUGGUUACAUGACAUGGAAGCUAUUGAAGGAAAACACCCUUUUCAGGGAACAUUAACCGGUAAUUUAUUGACGGUCCCUUAUUUAACACCUGACGUUGACAGCGAGGGUGCCGAGUAGUUUUAACCGAGUUGCUGUUGCUAUUCCCGGCUAUGGAGAAUAAGAAGACAUCGGUAGAUCUGCAGUUAAUGUCCGUUGGAUAUCCAAUCUAAAACUAACUUCACCACUGUGCAGAUUUGACUGCGCUGCUCUUUGCCGUUCCCGGUUAUGGAGAGCGAGAAGACACCAGUAGAUCCGCAGUGAAUGUUGUGAAUAUUCAACCUAAAACUAAAUUCACUGCGUUAUUUACAUGAAAAAACAUUUGUUGCCUCGGCUGAUUUUUUUUAUUUGCACGUGCCCCUAAAUACAUUUCACAAUUUGCACAGAUCUAUUUUUAGCCGCAAAUGCGAGCGUAACGGUCGCACUGUCAAGCCCUGAAACAACCUGCAUCUCUUGUUCCUGUAGCAGAAGAGUCCGAGUCUUGACACCAUGAGAGCCGAAGCUUGCCUUUUUAAGAAGGUUUCAGUUGGAGGAAAAAAAAACAGCCUUUGUUUUUACAUCAAAGUCUGUUUUUAUAUAUAAAAAAUAGUCUCGGCACACCUAGAUCACCAGUGUGUUUGUUUAAAAAAACACAAGUGUAAGGAGAAAAAAUAGCUUGUCUUUUGUGUGUUUCCUGCUUCAGUCUGCAGUUUUUUUGGCAUACAAACUGACCACAGAUCAGUGCAGUUUUGUUACGUUGAGAAAACAGCUCUCAGCCGGGCACUUGAAUAUGGCAGCCUCUCGUGCUUAUACGUUGCUUAAAAUGGAGUUAGUAUUGGCCUCCUAAUGGUCAGUGAGAUGUGAUGUGUGUGAACAAGGGGCGGGCAGCAGGGAUUGUGCACUUUUGGAUGUUACGCUCUAUCAGCAAGAUGAGUGUAAAGUCUGCCCGUGUCUGCUGAUGUGGGCACACAGUUUGCUGCAUAGUCAAAACCUCACUGGGUCUGAGGGUCCUUUUUUUUUUUUGUAGUGUGAGACCAUGCCCAUAAUUACUUGCCCACUUGGCACUGAAUCAAUCCUCUUCCAUGUGUGAUGUGUUUAUUUAGCUUAGCAGUGAGAAUUUUUUUUGGAAUAGGGAUUUGGUAGCACAUUGGGAUAUGUGAAGGGUUUUGGAAAGGGAUUGGGUAGAAUCAAGGGCGUCAGGGAUUGGCACACGACCUCUUAAAGCAGAACCCCAAUGGAGGAGUGUGGGUAUUUAAGUUUUUUUGCACAGACACAGAGCUCACUAAUCAAUUUACAGAAAUAGACUGAUUCAUUGUGGUGAAAUCCUUUGAUUUUUGGGGAAGUGUUUUGUUGGAAAUAGAUCCACCUGAAGUUUGCACGGGCUUAUUUGCAUAUCAAAGAGCAUUCUUGUUGUAUUAAUAAAUAUGUGUCUGUUUACUGUGUAUUUUUUUAUUUUAACAUUACGAGAAACACUGCCAAAAGUUGGAACUUAAAUGUGCUAAAAGAUAAAAGCUAAACAGAGCUUAAAGGUCCUUACACACCGGGGCCGACGCAAAUAUAUAAUGUGAAAUUGCGAAAUAUUUAGAGGCGAAUUUUGACGCGCCUGACUAUACACAUCAAGCCCGAUGCGACUCUCCGGGGGGAAAAAAGAUGCGUCCCGGGUGGAAGCGAGAAGACUGACACAACAGCAGACUGACUGUUUUUCAUUUCUGAUCAGACACUAGUGUUGAGAUGUCUGUCUGUCAUGAUAGCAUGUACUGAGUCGGGGCCAGUACCUGCUAAGCACAUUAAACUAUAAUCCAUAAACGUACGGUGACAACCGAGACCUAAUGGUGCUGUGACAGCAACGCGAUUGAGUUUGAGACAGUGAAAAUACAUAUGGUAUGUUGUAUCUGAACGGGUUAGCUUACGAGCUAAAGUUACUUAGCACAGAUGAAAGUUAAAACAAAGACGUUUAGCAAACUGUUAAAGCACACAAACCAUCGUCAUAUGAGAGGUCAGACGCUAUGACUCUCCACAAGUUGUCCUCCCGGUUGUUAUCUUUGUAAUAUUUGUGUUUUUUAUCAAAAAGCACUCUGUUCUCCGACACGUAAACAAUCAGCUGGUCGGCCAUGUUGGAUAUACCGGUGAAUCGGAUGUCACAACGCAAUAUCACAGGAAAACGUCGCUGAUGUGAACGCUUGUAUUGACAGGAUACGGGUUCGAAUAAAAAUAUUGACGUCUAAAAUAAUCGCACGUAAAAAACGCUCCUGGUGUGAAAGGACCUGAAGUUACAUUUCUACUUUGUAACUUUAGAUAAACUUCCUUACAUGUUUAUUUUUUUCUUCCAGUUUGUGACAAUAUUCGCGCCUGCUGUAAAGAUUGAAAAACCUCAGCAGUUUUUCUGAAUAGAGGUGGGGGGAAACUGAUUCACCUCUGAUUCACAAUUACCAGUUCCUGUUAUCUUUUCAAAUCAAAUGAAUGAGUAUAAAAAAAAUAAUUCAUUUCUAAAUAUAUUUUUCAGUUCCACCUGCAGUCAGUUCACACAUAGAAACCCAGCUGCAGGCAUUGAAUAUAGUUUCCAUAGUACGCAGUUGUUCCCCCAUGGGUCCACUUUGGAUGCUCCAGUCUUCCAGGAUGUAAAAUCAGCUUUACAUGAUGUAUCCAUAUGCAAAGUUUGCAACGAGAAAGUUAAGCACUGAGGGAACACAUCCAAGCUCACAUCAUGUGCCAGCACCUGCAGUUCAAAGAAGUAGCUAACAACAGGAGACCAACAUGACUGCUCUGCUUUUACCAAACUUUCUAUCUAUCAUGUGAAGGACAUCUUAAAGUAGAGUCACUGCAUAAACUGUAACAAUUCUCCUUAAAUGUCAAAUAAUAAUUUAUCACAACAGACUGAAAUACAUACCGAAAUAAGUACCCCUAUGUAGCAACAGGAGAAUUGCAAAUUGCAGGAAUAAAUUUAGAGAUGAAAUAUUGUAAAAUUCAGUCCCUUCUUUAAUCAAAAAAAUCUUACAAUGCUGUCAAACUCACACAUGCAACUCUUAACUAUGGAAAAUUGAAAAAUAAAAAACCUGGGCAUUGUGAAGCUAAGCACUUCAUCCUACACCUACUCUCUGCUCUUGGUUUUAGACAUAAAAAAAUGGUUAUACUGAACUAGGCAAUCGUUAUGCGAACGGCUUUGUUAGCUUUUUGAGGUCAUAAGGAAGCAUCAAUAUUAGAUUUAUCUUGUUAUAUAAGCACCUAAAAACUUCUCACAGGAACUUUAAUGAACUCACUCAAAGUUCUUCUUCAACUUAAUGCCCUAAUUGUGUCCUGAGUUGCACAAAACAAACUUUAAUGUCAGUCUAUCUAUGGUAUUUAGAGUAUGAAAAAUACAUAUUGAAACGGCCAAGGGGGGAGAUGCAGCAUUUUAUAAUUAAUUUCAAAGUUUAGAUAAUUAAAGGCAUUGUUUCGUUUCUCUUGGGAUAUCCCUAUUAUAGUCAUGGGUGCCACCAAUGCCUUCAGAUUUCAGAUCAGCCUUUGAACAAAAGCUAUCAUCUGAUUUAUUAUAUUUAAAGGAUUUGGAGAAGUAAGCCUCAAGGCCUUCUACAUCAUAUUGUGAUUAAUAUCUCCCAGUGACUAAUAUCUGUCAGUAUCUUUAGCCAACUGGGCUUUGGACUCGUAUUCCUGUAGCUAAUCUUUACCAAUAUAAUAAUUACACCUCUGUUCAUGAACUAGAGCAUCCUCUUUUUUUUGACAAUUAAUUUAACAUGAUUAAAAUUUAUUAGGUUCCUCCUUUCAUCAAGCGUUGCACAAGCUUCUGCACACGCUCGAGUUCACUAACAGAUAGUGCAGCUGCUCCAUGGCCAUGGGCAGACAGGCUGCUACAUCAACUGCUCCAUGGGCAGCGAGAGCAAGAUGGCAUGUAAGCAAGUGAGCAGUUUUUUUUUUUUUUUUUAAACGUCCUGUGCUGCUGUGUAAAAUCCACGCAGAGGACAGUGGACCAACAUUUGUUAUAUUUUUUUACGCUUUGUGGAUAAAACGAGAUCACGGCUGGUCAGGGAAUUAAACUUAAUGCUGAGGGGGGAAAAAUUUCCUAAUUAGUACUUGAUCACACUAUUCCUUUAGAGGGUUGUAUUUUCUUAUGCGUGUGUGUGUGUGUUAGAGUUGUGGGUAAAUGGGGAGGUGGGCAUGUGUGCGUGAGUGUUUUGGGACCUUGUCAGCAGACUGAGCCACAAGGGCCCCUGUGGUAAUGUGUGUAUUAAAUGAUUAGUGUGUUAGUUAGCAUAACGGCCCUUCAGCAGCGUUUAAUCACUCUCAGGGGUGGGCGGCCUCACAGGAGGUGGAUGGGAGGAGUGAGGAGGGGGGGGGGGGGGGUUGUAGACAAGGGGAAAGGCGUAGUGAAGGAGAAGAGAGCAGUUUUUUUUUUGUACAAGGGAGGAGGAGAAGAGGUACCGCUGGUUGAAUGAGUGAGUGGAUGAUCUGUGGAGAGAGUAUGGAAAAAUGAGAGAGAGAGAGAGAAAAAAAGAGUGAGCGUGACAGAAGGCAAGAAUCCAAGAGAAACAUAAUCCAGCAACACUCACACACUCAGCAGAGAGAGAGAUACAAUCUUUACAAGGCCUGAACGCCUUGUUAAUGUCAGCACUUGGCCCAUCAUCUGGAACAAGUCCCAUAAAUAGCUAUUAAUAACAAUGCAAAAGUGGAUAAAGGCGGACCCCGCUUCAGCCGUGACAACACUGCUGUUGUUGAUAAUUGUGCUGUUGUUAUGUGGGCAGGGGAGGGGUUGUCUGCCAUAGACAGUCAAUAAUUGUUGUUGACUGUGUGUUUGUGUAGUCGUAGUAGUAGUUGUAGUAGUCUAUUGCUACAGAGGCUGUCAUGCCAGACACAGUGGUGGCUGAUUGACUGACAGGCUGAAUGGCUUGGAUAUGUGUUGCGUGCGCUCAUAGCAGACAAACUACUGAUGUAGACAAGUUUUCCUUGGCGGGACCUCCGUGUUGUGGUUAUUUUCACUCCGACUCUGCUGCCGCAACGUACUGAGAGAGUUCAGCUGAGGCAUGAUGGGAAAUCUGCAGCACACCAGAUGGGUCGGUGGGUCUGUUUCCUUGUCAGAAAACUGCUCCUGAUAUGUCCUCCUGAUAUUCAUGAUACCGCUCUGGUUGUUAUGACGGUAACGGUUAUUAUAAAUGUGAUAAGGUGUAUGCCUCUCUCCAAAACAAACUGACAAUUGUGUGUGUUUGUGUUGCAGAAAGAACUAGACGCCACCGCCACACAGCUUGCCAACAGACAGGACGAGAGUGAACAGUCCCGGAAGAAACUAAUCGACCUGAGCCGCGAGUUCAAGAAGAGCACACCAGAGGUGAGAGAAUCAGAUAUUCACAGACACGCACAGACACACAGCCGCGCAUACAUCCCUGUGAUUCUUUUGACAAUCGUACUUUUCAGCCUCUCUGUGUUCUCAGCGUGUCUUCUCCUCUUCGUAAACGUAGCCGUGAUUAUUUACUGAGAAAGCAGGAGGAGGAGGAAGCGGCACAGGAGAUGCGGGGCUUUGCUCCCAAAAAUAGUCUUUCCAUUAGUUUCCCUGAAAUCCUAAAGAGACAAAACAGAAAACCCCUCAGGAGUUUGUAUUAUCUGACCUAGUUUUUUAUGCGUGCAGAAAGUGAGGUCCGUGAGUGUGUGUGUAUGUGUGUGUGUGUGCGCGCGCAAGAGAGACGGUGAGAAAUGAAGAGAGUCAGUGCAGGAGGGAGAAAAAGAAAGAGAGUGUGACAACACUACUAAGUGGGAUCAUGAGGGAAUUCUGUCCUGUUCCUGUGUUCCCAUCGCCCCUUCUGGGAAUAUUUUGUUUCAUCUCCGUUACCAAGGCAACGCAUUUUUAAACCACACAGCGAAAACAAAGUAUUGUUGUGUUAUUAUUGGUAAUGUCACCAUGGUGAAUUAUUGAUGGUAGUAUGAAUUAUGUAUGAACAGGGUAGACGGUGGAUAGAAAAUUGUCAACUCUCGGCGGAGUUGACAGUAGGCCUAUUAUAGUUACCACAGAAGGAGAAUUGUGACUGCCGUCUUCAGCUUGUAGCCCACCCAGCAAAGAGGAAUAUUCACAGGAGAAAACUCUACCUGCGUACAAAAGACGCUAAUUUCUCUUUACCCUACACAUUCAUCUCUAAUCUGAUAUAACCACAAAUCCAGCAGCGCACACACAGAGGUGGAGAGAUGCAGAACGAAAGAGGCAAAGCACACAAAGAAAACAUGCAGGGAAGCAGACUCGCACACACAAACACUCAGAGGCAGAUAGCCUAGAUCACAGAACAGGACACACACAUUCAUCAGUGUAACAAGGCUGUGAUUUAGGAAGGCUCCUCUGGCGUCUGUGUGGCCCCUGGCAUCUCCCUGGUAUGUGGAGGAGGAAUCUGAGCCAGGCCAGACGAGCGACAGGAUUCAUUACAGGGCUGUAACAGGCUCAAUAGGAAUCAGCCUUAAAAACUUCCAGCGUUCAGAGGUGUAGGAGCAUCAUGGCAGCCUCGCAAACGUGCGGCUCUGUAACGUGUAACGGCCUGCACUUGAUUAAAAAUGCCCCUUUCGUCUCGCGCGCAUUCACAGAGCAGCCUUUUCUGUCUCUGUAUGUGUUAGUGAGUGUGAAUGUGAGUGUGUGUGUGUGGUUGACCAGCCUAUAGACCGGGCUGUCAGCUCUCUGUGGUCUGCAGCAGUCAGCGGAGAUCACAGUCACAUCAGAUCAGACUGCAUUAGGCUGAGCGGGAGUCCGUCUCUGAUCCAUUAUUCAACAACCAGGAGACCGGCCCACGUUGACUGUGUCUAGUCUGCUGAGCUGUACUCGGCAUGAACUGCACUCAUGGUCUGCAUAAUAACACACACACACACACACUCGGGCUUUUGUAGCAUUUUGAAAGUAGUGCAAAGAAAUGCAGCGUGAAAACAAAGUUUUCAUAAUUCAUUAGGACUGACACAGUGUUGAGUUUUUUUCAGACUACAUCUCACUGUGCCUCCUAAGUUGCCUGAAUUAUUCAUCCACUUCUUAAUUUCCUUUUAGUUAGUCAAGACUCCUCCACCGCACUGUUAUAAAGUCAAGGGUGGGAAUGGUUGUAAAAUGUCCCAAAGAUUGCUAGCCAGAGGCACUGGUAGUAAAACAACUUUGUGCGUGCACGAGUGUGUGUGUGUGUGCAUGCAUGUGCGCACACACGUUUGUGUUUAGCUGCAGGGCAGACAGACAGCGAAUGGGAGUUCCAUACUCCCUGGAGGAUUCCUCGGGCUGGCCUGUCUGCUGUCUGCCGGCAGCUCACACACCAGCCAUCCAUCUCCCGCUGCCUGGCCCCCCUCUGCUCCCCACACUACACACACACACAUGUAUAAAUAUAUACACACACACAGAUUGACCAUGGUGUCUCUGUGCAUUGUUAUGUUAUAUGGUCAUAAAUCUUUGGAAGUGGAGGGGGCAGGAGGAGAGCAAAGAGAGUGGACCAAAGGGGUUCAGAGCUGGGGUUUUACCUCUGAAUGUUUUUUGUCUUUGUGGUUGCUAUAUGUAAACGCAAGCUUAUAAAGCUACGGUUUCAAGUUAACCCCUCUAUGUUGAAUACAAUCUAACGCUAAAUAACAUGACAAAUAUUGUUAACCUUUCUAAAACUUUCACUAAGAUUUAAACAGUACUUAAAGACCGUUUUAAAAAGGAUGAUGUGUUGAGGCGGCUCCAAGUGCCGAAACAAUCUCACAAAAUGAUAUUUCAAUUUCGACUCAGGUAGUUAUUAUUGAGCACUUCCAGACUUGACUGCUUUACAUUGGACACAAGCUCCUGCUUUUGGCUACUCACUGCAUACAAAUAUUAUAAAUUUUGAGCCACAGUCACACAAGCACGACAGUAAAAUGUGUCCCGUGUGUAUUAAAACUUAUACUGAGAGAUGUUGUAGCGCACUUUGUUAUUCUCCGACAAAGCAGUGAAAGCUUUGGCAAAAUAAAGUAAACAGAAUAUCAGAAACGUUUUGAAAAUUUGAACAAGAGUUAAUGCCGAAUAUAUUAGGAUGCUUUCAAAAUCUAAUGCAAAUGACAGAAGUACCACGUCUCUGGUGUUGUUGUGUGGGUGUUUUUGUUUUGUGUGUGUGUGUGUGUGUGUGUGUGUGUCUUCUUGAAUCUGAGAGAGAGAGAGCGAGAGAGAGAGAGAAGGGGAGAGCCAGAGGGAGGGAGUUGGGGGAGGGGGGGGUUGCUGGGCGGGAGGAGGGUCAUUAUUCCCAGCAGGAGAAUAUUGAAUUGGCCCAGACAAACAGCCACGGCGACCCCUGAUGAGGUAACAAUGGGCCAGGGUCAGCAAGGUCACGACCUGUCCUCAGCCCCAGACAAGCUCCCUGUCUGGACCAAACUGGGAUUAGGCAAACCCCAGACGCUGGUCCCGGGUCAGUUUGGGAUGCGCUCUUCCUCUUUGCAUCGGUUAGGCAUUUAAAGGGAGGUUUCUAAAAGGCGCAGUCUCCUGAGCACACAUCUGCCGCUGCCCUACUUCACGUCUUCAUUAGGCAUUUUUUUUUUUUGUGAGUAUGUGUGUGUCCACAAACUGUGCAAAUCAAAUGUUCCUGUGCAGAAUGUCCUAUUCUGCUUUUUACCCUACGCUCCACUUCAGUUAGUCAGGAUGUAGGCUCAGCUAACAGCAUGGUGAUUUGCAUGUUCCCCUGAUACAUACUCGACUGGCUAUCUAAUCUGAAACCGCUGACUCGUACUGGAAAGUCAUGCAAUGGGACUAGAGGGAUGAAAAGCAUUUGCUUUAUAGUAAAAACUUGGUGCACUGGGAGAAUUUGCAUCAACGGUAGGCCUAUUCUGUGGCUCACUUGUUUUCUGUCUCACACGCACUAGUGGUGCCUCUGGGUGGCCCAGGUGGUGCUGCACCUGUUCGGGUGAGAAUCGCAGUCCGCCGAAGCACCUCGGGGCACAAACCGGGCAUUCUCCCGACCCUCAUGUUCAUCACUUGCUCACGCAUUGUUCAUUGGCUCUGGCAAGAAGGGUUGUUACAUUAUUUUCCUGAUUAUAAGAUCAAAACAUGGUCUGCUGGUAUAAAACUCAGUAGGUUUUUGCCUGCCACAUGUUCCUGUGUAUUAACUGUUAUUAGAGGAUUAAAAUUGAUCUGUGGAUUAUCUCAUUUUUCAAGCUUGCUAACCGCCUCUUCUCUUUAUUUUUGUAGGAUUUUCGGAAACAGGUUGCCCCAUUGCUCAAGAGCUUUCAAGGAGAGGUAAGUGUGUUAUUGGAAACAUUUAUUGACACAGUGAUAGACACGCUCAAGCACAGCAUUCCAAAAAUGCCUGUUUGACGUUCGUUGACUUGGUCUUGCUCCCUCUCUAUGCCCGGCUCUCCUUUUUCUGCUUCAGUCUUUCCUCUUAAAUCAUCUCCUCUUCCCCCCUCUCUCUCUCUCUCUCUCACUCUUUCUCUUCUCUUUUCUUCUCCCUUCCUGCCAUCUCCUGUUCUCUCACUUGCCACUAUCUCAUUUCCCCUCUUUCCUUUCCCUCUUUUCUUCGCUCUGCUCUGCUCUUGAUUUUCUGUCCUAUUCAUGAAGUCCUGUAGCCCGAGGGUGUGUUUAAAUUGCAUCCUGCAAAAAAAAAAAAAAGGCACCGCAAAACCCCGGCUCUAGCCAGUCACAACUCACCAAAUGCUAUUUCCUCAGACUUUGUUUGUCUGCAUGAUUUGGUAGGGUUAUUUGUUGUCUUUUUUUCUUGAUGUGGUGAAACACGAGCCAUUUCCAUUCAAAGCAGCAUAUUUCACUUUAAUGUGCCUUAAAUUUUCAAGCACCUUUACCUAUAAGAGGCUACUUCAGUGUGCAUGACAUAUCAUCAUACUCCCUCUAUCUCCUCUUCCAUCAUUUUGGCCUAUUUCCAUCAUGACUCCUCCUUUCUGGCAGCCGUGCAUCUCCAGUUCACUCCCAUAUGUGAAAGUCAGAGGGUGGGAGUGGAAGCGGCUGGUUUAGACUGGGGCGUUAUUUGGGGGUUGGAGUGGGUGGACGUUAAGCCCAACAGUAGGCUAUCUCUUCCCUAGCACACUUACAAACACACACACAGACACGCACACAAACAAAAUCAUCUCAAUGGGUAGUGACAGGACUGCUUUGCUACUGGCCAUAGAAUAUUACAGUUUAACACUGGGUUACUUUCCAUAUUCUUGUGUUAGAGCAGCAACCACAGCCAGUGGUUAUGUAAAAAAUGCUGUAAUUUCUAGUGGUUGCACCGUGUUUCUGCUGAUGAUCCACAGUCUAUUUAGAGAAUAGAAACGGCAGCAAUAUAAUUGGGGCUUUGUCAGCUGUUUCCACCAUCCUCGUGUUGACACACCUCGCUCGGCGUGCACACCAGAACACGCCGAGGCUCGUAGUGGGUGGUCGCGGAACUGAGAAAGACAUUAUCUUAUGAUUAUUGAGAUAAUACUGUACACCCGCGCCAGUCUUAGAGCAGCCCAUCAAUCAGUCGACUAUUCUGCAUGCUUGCGUGCCACAACAUGAGCAGCUCUGAGAAUGUGUAAUUUUAGCCUCGCUUUGUUUGCUUACCCCCGUGGUGCUUUGAUCAAGGACGAGACAGCAGCAGAAACCAGAGGGUCUUCCUGUUGGAAGUCUCACAGUAACUCAUCCUUAAACAUUUAACCCAGGAGUUUGAAUCUUUACUAAGUGAGUGCGGAACUCAAGACAGGACAAUAAAAAGUUUUAGCCCAGGAACUUGGAGGUCUCGGUUCUCUGUUUAAUCUUCGUCAUUGAAAGGUGGAUGCCUUGGGGUCGUAAUUAUUACCAAUAACAGUACUGUUUCCACAAGGCCUGGGUUUAGUAAACGGGUUAUGUGUGUGUGUGUCUGUGUGUGUGUGUACGUUACAUACUCAGUGUUCUUGUUGGUCCAUCGAUCAGAUAAGCUUUUCCAUUAUCCAAGGCUUCAGUCUCUGCUUCCCAUAGCCGCCCCUUAUCAGACUCCACUGGGGCCACACACACACGCACACACGCACGCACAUACACAGGUCAGCCCGAUGCCCUUCACACACUACGGGUUAGAUAGGGGAGCGAGGCGGUGCUGAGUGAUGGUGGCAUGAGGUGCUGACGUAUGUGCGUAUGUGUUUGUGUGCGUGGAAGUGUCAGGGAUACCUUUUGCAAUUGCAAGCACUUCUCAUCGGUAACCCACUGAUACUGGUGAGGUAUCAUUUGUGUCACUUCAUUUGUUUUGCUUUGGUUUUUUCGUGCGUGUGUGUGUGCGAUGGGGGCAGGGGAGCAUGUAAUAGCAGAUGUCAUUGGGAUUGGUGGAGAGAGCUGCAGUUUGGAACAGCAGGGUUGUAUUUGCAAAUCCUGGGUGGUCUUCUAAUGGCUCUGGUCCUGCAGUUAACCUGCCUCUAACUGUAGGGUGUGUCCUACAUUAAAUGUCUAUUUCCUGCCUCCCAUGUUGGGCUAUAUAAAGCUGCUGUACCACUGACCUUGGCCCAGUCAUUGUACAGUCACACAGCCGGCUUCCUUCACCGCUAUAGGCAGAUCUUUUUUCUCGUUGCGUCGCUUUACGAGCUCCUCUUCUUCAUGAUAUUGUGUUGUGCCACUCAGAUCACAUGCUCUGAUACUCACACACACAUUUGGACACUGAUGAACAGGUUUGGUGUUGGUGUGUGAGAGGUAUUAGUACUCUGCAGCAUCAGUAAUCUCCCAUUAGUGGCCUUGCAUUUGAGGAUCCUGAUCGCUCAAUGUCACACAGCACAUGAAGAGGGUAAAGUGCAUGAUGCAGCAUGAUGUGAGAAUGAGAUAUAGUCGCUGGGACAAUGUGUGUGUAUGUGUGAGUGAGUGAGAAAAGAAAGAGAGGAAAAAAAAAGACAGGAGGCCGGUGCAUGCCAGGCAGACAUGAGUGUGUGACAGAGAAACAUGUGAGGAAGACUGACACUGAAAAAGAUCGAGGGGAAAGGAAAAAAAAUGAGUCAGAAAACAUGGAAGUGACAAGAGGGAGAAUUCGACAGAGAGAGAGAGAGGGAGAGGGAGAGAGAGAGAGAGAGAGAGACAUGGAGAAGUAAAAGGGGGGAAAAAAGAGGGAGGGGUGCUGGCACCAGCCUACGCGGGGCCAGAUGUUUUGCGGCUAAAAAACUAGAGAUGAAUCAAAGCCAUGUGAAGAGAUUUAUUAGGUUCCCAUAGGAGCCCAGGCAGUAUUACAUGUAGCCCGCUCUGUUUACAGUGGCAAGAACCCCUAAACCACCCAUCAACUACACUACUGGCUUGGCUGGGAAUGUGAAGACUUUAUAUUUGGACUUAUACAGGCUUUUGUCUUUAUUCCCUUUCUCUCAGUGAGUGCGCUGGAGGAGUUGGAAGAGAAACACAGAGCUGUUUAGUCUGAGCGCGUGAGCCAGAGUAGUCAGCUGUAGCUCUGCCCAGUACAGUAGCACCCUCUGAAUGUCUUUAUUUGGCAUCUGUUUCCUUCGAUUUAGUCUUGAUUUCAGAUGCGUUUUCGCCUACUCUGUCUGCUUCUCAUAUUGAAGUGUGACACAGAGGCUAUUGUAGAGCUUUUCCGCCUCAGGUUUCAGCAUUGAAAACAGUUAAAGAUUUCCCCCCGCUGUUUGAUAUUUAGAAUUAAUCUCUUAUGGAUCCAUUCUAAUGCUGUCCAUUUCAAUAAUAUCAGUGAUGGAAUGCAUGCCGUGCCCUCUUGUGUUAAUGGCUGCAUCAGUAAUGGAUCCACACUGUAUUGCUGCUAAGAGCUGACUGAAUAAUCUGCCCCUGCUGUGGCUGGAAAGACUGAGCCAGCUGUUUAAUGAUGUCAGCGUGCUGGAGGGGAAACGAACACACACAUACACACACACACACACACACACACACACAGACAGACUGACGGACAGACUCGGGCACAUACACUCGAAGACAGGCGGACGCGGACACGCACGCACACGCGGCAAACGAAACGCAUCCGUCAUCGGCUGAACAGCUGAACUGACUUCACGGGAAGGAAACACCAACCCAGCCGCUGUCAAGACAACCCCGAUCUCAUGCAACAUACUGACACAUAGUGAGGAUAGACAGAUAUGUAGACCAGUCUUACUGUGAAAUUAAUGGGCCUGCUUUUCCGUAUGUGAUGUGGCACUCGUAUGUGAGGUUCACGCAACUGGUAAUUAACCUUUUUUUUCUUCUCCUCUUUCAGAUCGAUGCAUUGAGCAAGAGAAGUAAAGAAGCAGAGGCCGCCUUCUUGAACGUGUACAAAAAAAUAAUAGAUGUUCCAGGUAAGAUCAACUUUGAUGUCUGUCACCUUGUACACACUUGGUCUUUAAAUCUGUAUUGGGAUCAGUAGUGGGCACAUCCUAUUUAAAAUGUGUAAGGUCUCAAAGCUACACUAUGAUCUUAUCACUACAACCACUUCGAGAUGUGGUGUGGAGAUGUGUUAGAUUUGACUACAUAUCUUAUGUAGUGAAAAUGUCCUGAGGGCUCCCUAACAAAAGUCAAACAAAUCUUCAGUGACAAAAAAAAAGCACAACUUUUCUAAUCAUUCUCCGUUUUAUGUCCUGUACUCUUUGGUAAUCACUCUGUUCUGCUAAUUUCUGACAGUUUGAACCUCUAGAAAAGUCUAACCUUGUUAUGUUCGUUAAUGGAACAAUUUUGUCUGGCUAGAUGAUUGAAUGUAAAGAUGGACGACAUGUCUUUGCCUACCCCUGUUGUACAAAAUUGCCAAAAUACCCCUCACAACAGGCACUGACAUCUGGUGUAUAUGGAGCUUGAGUUCGCACAGCAGGGAUGGGCUGUUAGAGCCAUGACAUUAACUUCCACCCCCCUUCCGUAAAAAAAAAAAAAAAUGAUGUCAGGAACUAUGUUUGUCUUUGAGGUGUAUUUCUAUUUCGAAGUUUCAAUGUCCUAUCUGUUAACAUUGUGAAGGUGGACUUGCAGUUUUUGACCUAUGCUGCAUAGCUAUGAGGGAGGACUCACUUUUAGCAGUCCAUACUUUACCCAAGUGGGUUUCACCUCCUAAAGUCCUGUUCUGUGCUCAAGCAUGGUUUAUUUCUGGGGUCCAGGCACAGCUGGUAGAGGUGCGCUUUGGCAUGGCACAGGUAUGGUCCUCUUCUGAACCAUUCAAUCGAUGUGUUUACAUUAAUGUAAAGGAAAGGUUGGGUGGAUACUCCCAAGUUGGGCAGACAAAUAUUCAGAGUCUGUCGGAUGAAACCCAUGAAAACUUGGGAGUUACAAUGGAAAUCUGGGCCUACCAUGACAUAGAGCGAUGUGAGAGCAGGGCAGCAGGGAACAGGGGAGGGAGGACCAUGAUGCUUCAGCAUGGUAUGGGGCAAGUUAGCAUUGCUGAGUGCACCUUAGAGCCUUAUCUGCUGACUGUGCUGUAGCUAUUCCGUAGUGGCAUGGACUACAUGUGUGUUGGAUGUGUAAAUCAGGCUGCCCAUGUAGACUUCUGUGUAGGUAGAGGGCUACACUAAUCCACAGGCAUUAAGGCAUUAAGCACAACAUAUUUUGGCUUCACUUUAGACGAGCUGUUAUGCCACCCAUCUUUUAAAAGCCCAUGAAGCUAACUAUUCUGGUGGUUUGUGAUGGACAGGUGUGUUCCCAAGCAGGUUUCACCUCCUAAGGCCACUAUAAAGUGGGCAGUAGGGUUAUCUGAACACUAGGGGUCAGCUAUAUAUGCCAGGAUUACACAAUGGGGACAGGUGUGAAUAAAGAUGGGCCUCAACUGAAUACUCUUGUGUGGCUCAGCAGGGGUAUGUUAGAACAGUGUGAAUGUAAACAGGGUUUGGCUGUGUACAUCCUUGUGUUGGUCUGCAUUAGUGUGUUCAUCAAGACACCUCCCGAGUCUAUGAAAAAUGAUCAAGAGACCCCCCCCUUAUUCAUGCAGACAGCACCAACAGGGGAAAAAGGAAAAGCAUGACACCAUCCCUCUGGUGCUCCUUCCCUGCGCAUCCAGGCGUGCGCAACGCCUUAAUGUGUCCCCAUGAGAUCUCGUCUCCACUGGUGCAGCCUUUAGAGGGUCUUCACAGAAGGUGCGUCCUGAUAUGGAUGACAGUGCGCCCACGAUCAGUUGCAAUGAAGCAAACACAAGCAGUCACGUUUGACACACCGAGGCCGAAGAGAGACGCGCCGCUCGGCAAAGUGCUAACAGAACACACACAGUCACAGAGCCACUGGUUGGAGGUUUUCAGCUGUAUGGGAGCCCUGGAGGAGCUGCGUACACAGGAAUGAGAGAGGAGUUGAGUUCAUCUAUAGCGUAAGGAGGUCAUCAUAUUCCCACAUGGAUAGACCUACAGUAAUAUCUUUGGAUUGUACUGCUCCCAAUAAGUCAGCGCCAGCUCUGACGGGGCUAUUCUUAACUUGCAGCGAGACAAUGAUGUAAUGCCUGAUGCACACACGCACACAGACACAGACCAGCCUGACUAAUGCAGCAGUCUUGAAAGAGGAAACAGUGUGUUUUGUUCUGUCUUCUAUCAGCUGAAGGCCUGGUUAGUCAGCCCAGUGUGCUCUGCUUAAGAUUAAAGGUGUCUGGCAAGAGUGCUCAGCACCAGUGGCCCACGAGUCAAACUGCUUUUAUCAAGCUGUAUGUUUUAUAUUUGGGGGAGGGAGGUGUGACGGACAAAGGUUUGAUGGGGAGAAAAAGUAGAUUUUUCAAGUUGUAGAGGCACAAAUCGGUCCAAAGUAAGGAAUUUGCUGCGUUCAUCCCUGUUUUUGUACUUGUGUGAAUUUGUAUGAGAGUCUGUGUUUGUGACAAGGUAUAUGUGUGCGUAUGUGUGUGUGUGUCAGAGUUAAGCCCUGCAUGGCGUGUCACCUUGACAGCACAAAAUCAGCAUGAAAUUCCCCAAUCGUUCUCUGCUGAUCUCUCAUUAGCAUAGUUAAGAUAUCUAACUGCGUCAGACAUGAGGCGCACACACUUGUACACGCACAGGCAUACACAUACACACACAGCCCUUACCCCCAGCUGUAAGCUGUCAGUUCCUCUUAUCUGUACAACACACACACACACAUAAACACACUCACACACACACAAACUGCUCUUUUAGCUGGCAUGCUGAUGAGCGUCGCCCGCGUCUCUUGGCUGCCUGUCACCAGUCUGCCACCCAUGAGCACCAAUCAGAUGUGAUUGGCCUGACUGACAGGGCUCUCUUCAUCACACUGACAGUUAACCCUGCCGCGUGUUCACAGAGAUGUUGGUAAAAUGCCUGCAGAAAGUUUUCUUUCUUCCGUCUGUCUCUGUUUCUUUAAUCUCUUAUUUACCUUUUGCUUUGCCUGUUUUUUCACCGCUCCACUUUGUCCAUCUGUCAGCGCCCAUUUUCCUCUUUUAUUUUUUUUUCUUUCAAGCUGCAUCAUAGUGAACACUUGGACUGAUCACAGCCCAGUUAAUCUCAGUUGUUAAUGUCUGUCUGUGUAUCACUUAACCAUCUCUCUUGCUGUGUCAGCAAAAAACAAAACAAACAAAAUCCAACAUUUAUCUCCAAAUGGGACAGUAGUCUGCCAAUCCAUUGGCUGAUAUUGUACAUUUUAUGACCUUUUGGGGAUAAAGUUUUGUCGAUAAAGAACAAGAACACUCGCUGUGACCUCUUAAUGAUAUAAACUGCUGUAGCAAUCUCGCUGUUUUGUUCUUUUUCUCUAAUCAUCUAACAUUCACCAAGUAUUUACUGAACAUUAUAAACAGUAGCGGGUGUUUUUGCUCUCUUUUAACAAAUGUGAGAGGAAUGAAACCCAAAAAUAAUCAACAGGAUUGUCUUAUUUGGCUCUUGAAGGUUUAUAGCAGGACAUAUUUUGCUGUAAAUGUUGUUAUCCAAGAUAAUAACAAAUGAGGAGGCAUUAUUAAAGGCGAGACCAUGUUCUAAAACACAUGUCUGGUUCAUUUUAAUUAAUUGAACGCUUCUAAGGAGAAGAAGCAAACAGAUGCAAAAGCUGUCAAGCUCAGACCUAAAGCUGUCACCUUAUUAUAACAGUCUUUGUAAUUGUGGUUUUUUGGUCCUUGCUGGCUCUUGUAACGCUCCACAGAGGGAGAUCAAAAGUCAGGGUCAGCCUCAGAACAGUCCUCCUGGUGCUGUUGGAGAUUCAUUGCCUUGCUCGAGGACACUUCACCAGGGCGCGCACUGGCUCUCACAGGGGCCUUGAAUGUAGUUAUUCCUAGCUCAUGUCGCACACCUCUCUGCCCUUGUUUGUGUAAUCUGCUUUACGGUGUGUUAAUGUGGUAUGUUUUGUCUCUGCCAGAUCCUGUACCUGUGCUGGAGCUGGCUCAGCAGCUGCAGCUGAAGCUCCAGAGGAUGCACGACAUUGAGACAGAGAACAGCAAACUUCGAGAGACACUGGAGGACUACAACAAAGAGUUUGCAGAGGUCAAAAACCAAGGUUAGAGACAUAGAUACACACUGAGCAACACACUGAAGGAGUCACUUUGAGACUGGCAUGGAUGUAGGCCGCUCUAUUAAUCACACAUAAUCCUGUAUGAAAAAAUUGUUAACACAUACUGUUAAAUCUAGGAUAUAAUCCAAACUUCUUACCACCAUAUAAGACAGUCUACUUCUGGGGGAAACUCGCGGCAGAAGAAAGGUUAAAGACUUUAGCUUCAACGGUCCAUAGUUUUUAUAUGGAUGUUCUGCGUUUUUCUUGUACCAUCUAUUAAUACCACCUUGCUGUUUACCAGUACUGUGGUUAAACACAGCCCCCACUAUUGCUGAAAGGGAAUGAGGGUGCUUAUUUUAUGUGACCAGUUUACUGAGACUAGCAACACCGCUCUGCUGGUCACCUGUUGUCUUACUUUGAAUAGCUAUUAGAAUCAAAUCAGCAAGGUUUUUAUACUUAGUGGUAUACUGCUGUUUUCCUUAGAUUCAUGAUUCAUGCGACUAGGUUGGCUAUGUAUUCAAAAUGCUUUGCUCAGCUUGCCUCUCUGGGUGAUAUCUUCUUGGUAAAACACUUAAGCACAAUAAACGACCACGCUUUAUAAGAAGGCAAAAGAUAAUUAAAAGUAUGAUUUAUUCACCGAAUUUUGAUGGCAGUUCAGAAUCAUAUCCUGUCACUCACUUUUAAAACAAUCUUUAACCACAGACGAUCCAGGUAUAAAGAUGGGGUGGCUUGGAAGAAAGUGAGGGACAUGAUAUUCGGUGUGAUUUUCUUUUUUUUAGGUCAUAUUUUUGGGCUAUUUCUUCAGACAAGAUAGGAAACUGGAUAGAGCAGGAAAUAGGUAGGGGGUUGAUGUGUGGGAAAAGAGCCAUUAGAAUAGUCAAUGUUCAUGUAAUUACAAUGCAUUAAUAUACUAGAAUCUAACACUUGAAUAUCACAUCUGUGCGGCACUUUGAUGAUAGCUGUUUAAGUAGACAGUGAAGACAGAGUGGGUAAACAGUCUGUGUUUGCACAGAUACCCUGGCCACCUAUUUAUGCCAGUGCUUCAUUAUGGCACCCCUGUCUGGACACGCCCUUGUAUAUCUACCUGCUGUCAGGCUGUCAAGUUCAUGCAACAAAAGCUGCAAGAAAGACAUUUCUCUGCUGAUUUUUAAUGAAUAAAAAGAAACUCAACCAAACUUCAAAUUCUUUCCCAGAAAGACUCUAAAGGGCGACUCCAGUGCUGGUAGGAGGAGGAUUAAGGGUCAGUCAGAGCUUAAUAUGCGUGACUUCGACGCACCAUGCGUGCACAGCGUCGAUUGUUGUUAAUCUUCUUUUUCAAAUUGAUCAGGAUGAAGUUUGAAGAAAAUUUUCACCAUGCUGGGAGACAGGGAGAACUCUGCUGUCCAUGCUGGAUUUAAACAUGGAAUAAACACAGAAGAUAACAUUGAAAAUAAAUAUUUUCUUUCAGUGACUCACACUGUACUUACAGUAUACAACAAAUAAAAAUACAGUGACAUGUUUGGACAACUUUGCAGAGCGACUUGUCUUGAAACACUGAGAGCAGUGCAGUCAGUCUCAGAGCAGCAGGUUGGCCCUGACACGAUGUCUCUCAAAAUGAAUUUAAUUAAUUUCCUGAGAAAUAUAAAUUAAGUAUUUUGGGUUACUGUUGUUGUUUUACUGCUGGUAGAUAAAAACAUGCAAGGCUAUUCAGAAUUUCAGUCUAAUACUUGUUCAAUUGCCAGAGUGCCAGCCUCAGUAACCAAACAGUCUGCUGUAUAGUCUGGAUUUCAACUGGGCUCUACACAAUUUAUUUGCCUCAAGGCUUUUUUAUAAUCGAGUUAGUUAAAUUAUUUGGGCGAUUGUUAUAGCCCUAAACUCACUUUUGUUUGAACAAAGAAAAAAAGUCAUUAUUUACUGAUCAAAAGGCAUUACUACGCCCAGGAGAACCUCAUCAUUAGGACUACAUGUUAAUCAUUUGUAACAACUUUAAAGUGCGAGUGUAAGGUCAUAAGGAAGCCCAUUUUCAAAGGAAGAUGCCCUUAUUUGAACAUAUUUCAAUGCCUCAUAAAUGUUUAAGAGACGCAAAAAAAUGUACAAGAUUUUACAUUUUCAAAUAGGAUUUUCAGGGAGAAACACGAGGCAGACUUUCAUGAAUAAAAAACGACAGGCUACCUCAGGGUAAAGAGAGAUGGAAAAACUGACAAAGGCAGUAGGAUGAGUGAGAAGCAGUAAUAAAAGUGGUGUAAUUUCAGCCGAAAAAAAAAGGAGGAGCAGGAGGGUGAGCGGGGAAUGUUUUGGAAUCCCCCCUUUCCUCAGCGAGAGUUAAUUGGAACAGCUCGAUAGCGGCAGGGUUCCAUUCUGCCAUUGAUUUUCCUGUUCCCUCAUCCUUUAUCCCUCCUUCCCGCCUCAAUAGAUGGGGGAUAUUUAAACCCCAAAACACACAGUGGAACUCCCUCUCCUGUUAAACACGCACUCACGGACCCACCCGCACGCUUGCACACGCGCGCGCACACACAAGUAGAGAGAGUGCAGGGGCCAUUGAUCCCCACAACCUAAAUGUUUAAAGUUCAGUUAAGCAGUUAAGGGGUAAGAGGGCUCUGAGGGGACUCUCCUCUAUUGAUUAUGUGUCAGAGCAGUGAGACUGGAGUUUAAAUCACACACACACACACUCACGCGCACACAAACACACACACACAUACACAAAGUGCUAAGAGCCCUCAGUCAAAGGCAGCAAUGCUCUUUAUCAUUGUCUCACUCACUUAUAUCUUUCUCUGAGAAACACACUCACGCACACACACAUGGAGGCCUAUUUAUUACCCCAGUUAUGUGUUAGAUUUAUUUCAGGCCGCCCCAUACAGAGCUCAGCCGUCAGCAGGUUAUGGGGUUUCAGUACUAAUGCAGUCCUAAUGAAUACAGCAUAUCUACUGUUAGUGAACAGUGAAUAUUCUAUACCGGUUGAGGAUGUAAAGAUUAGGCAGGAGCCAUAGGGGCCGAGGCCUCCGUCUGUGCUGACAGAGGAAGAAUGCGGGAUAUGAAAUGCUGUUCCUUAAGCAAAGGUCAAGCCCCCUCCUUCAAGAAGCGAAUCGUCAACACUGUCAUUUAUCACACCGAGGAAACUGCUACAGUCUGUUUUCUGUGUGUUUUGCAUGUUGCCCAUAUUUUAACUCUUCCUUCCCUUUCUCCUGACAUCCCGAAUUUCUGCUUUUACCCCCUCCAGAGGUGACCAUAAAGGCCUUGAAGGAAAAAAUCCGCGAGUACGAGCAGUCUCUGAAGAAUCAGGCCGAGAACCUGGCCCAAGAAAAGCAGCUCCAGCUACACAAUGACUAUGCAGAGAAGGAGAGGUACGACUGUGUGUGUGUGUGUGUGUGUUCUGUGUUUAGAGUAAUAACCUCUGUAUUACUCUGCCAUUUCCAACCUCUGGGUCAUUGUGCCCUCAGGCAGAACUACUGAGAUUCUAAUCUUUGAAUGAUAGGUCCGUGAUUUUUGACUUUAUUUAGCAGAGCUAUUCAUGACUAAAAUAUCACAUAAUUUCUUCUUGUCUAAUGGUGCUUUGACUUUUCCUUAUAGUUAUCAGAGAAAUCAACAAAUUAUGGCUUAUUGCUUCCCUGAUAUUGCCUCCCUUUUUGCACAUGAACGGAAAAUAACCUCUAUGGAAGACAAUGCCAGCAUUUUUUACAUGUGGGUGCUUGUCGUUCUGUCUUGAUGAGAAUCAACACUUUGGACUCACUUUUCCAUCCAAACCAUAAAAAUAUUUCCCACUUUUUUUAUUUUAAGAAAUAAAUACAGCCCACCACAAGAGUCAGAAAAUUUACAGGUGUGUCCCUCAUUUUGAUUCCAUUUUUUUUAUUUCACUAAUAGUAAGGACAUUUAGAAGGGUUUGAUUUUCAGAUCACAUAAAGCUUGUGAAAGCAGAUAUGUACGCUCAAAAUCACUGCCAGACAUUUAUAAAUGGACAAAACAAUUCUGACGACUAAAACCAGAUAUGAACACUAUCAAAGACUGCUGAAGAGAAAUCUCACAAAGUUGUUUACCAUUUAUUAUAAGCUGAUGACUCUGAUUGCUAAAGGUGUUGGCCGUAGUAGUCGUUAAUUGAAAAAAAAAAAAACAAUGUAUAGGAAAAAUGUGAUUUAGUUUUCUUCACAGGUUAAGUCUGAUUAUUUUCACACAAAAUUCUGAUUUGUAAGCAACUUUUGUUGAGUUUUGUCAGGUUAACAAAAUUUUUUUUGUGACAUUUCCAAAUUCUCUCAGACUGUGAUCUGGAUGUCUUUACAGUUUUGUCAAAAGUAUUUUUUUCUCUAAAAGCACUCCCAUAAACUGCUACUCUAUUUUUUACACUCAACUACCGUCAUAUUACACUGUGUAAAUUUUUCUCUUUGACUUUUUUUUUUUCUUGAAAGUCCGCUGCUCACUUGAAGUUGAUAUUGAAGACACAUUUUUCCCAUGUGUCAGUCAUCUUUGUUUGUUGUUAAGCUGUGCCGAAGCUCAUCGUCCCUUUCAGACAUACGCCAGGAGAUCAAUUGUCCAACUGUAUUUCCUUUACGUCAGUGUUUUAUAGGCCCUUUCCUGUCUGCAGAGAGCUGACUUCCUGUGUCUGAGAGGGGCAGUAAAUGGAUGGCACCUCUGAUGCAUUUUAUCCUGCAAGGAGUGAGGGAAGGAGGGAGAGAGCAAGAUGAAAGGAUGAAGUAGCGGGCAGAAAAAUAGAGAUGACAGGAGAGACAGAUUGGCGGAGAAGGGGGGCAUCAAAGAGUGCCAUAAAGACCGUCUUUGUGCUAGAUUAUUGAUGUUUUUACACGCAGUGGCAAUUUCUCAGCAGAGCCCAACUUUUUAUAUGCUAAGAAUGAAUCUAUUUUAUCCUUGUGGUUUCUGUCGCCCCCCUCCUUCUCCUCCUCUCUCUGCUCUCUUACUCAAGCCUCGCUCUCUCACUCUCUCUCCCCCCGGGUGCAACGUGCCCCAGUGGCCAGACAUUCCUGCCUAAUAGGGCUGCUUAAUGAGGAGUGGGUUGUGUUGGGGAGGAUUUUAGUGGGGAAAACACUUCAGAAAUGGUGGGAAAAUAGAGAAAAGUUGCAGUUGCCACAAAGUGUGAACGCAAAGAUUUACUGACUCAGUAUCUCUGUCUGUGACUUUCUGCCUCCCCGCUUUCUUUUUCUCGCCUUCUGUCUGCUGCUGCAGGAAACUCCAGGAGAGCCAGGACUCUAUGUCCUCAAGGUUGGAAGAGGCCGAGCACAAGGCCCAGUCCCUACAGACAGGUACCAACUUACAGACCUUACCAUUUUGACCUGCUUUCAUUAAAUUUCAGACUUAGUAUCAAAUGUGAGGUGUAGUUAGCCUCCUGAAUAUUUCAAGUAUUUCUCCUCUAGUGUAUGCUUAAUCUUAAUCUACUUAAUCUGGACUUGGUGGGUGUGAUUUGAUCAGAUUGACUAUGGCUCGGCUACAUAAUUUUAAAACUCCACUGUUGUUUAGCUAGUAUGAAAAGUACAGAUACAGCAACCUCUGGAUUUAAAAAUAACUGAUUUUUCUUCAUCGGAAAUUUGUGUGAUCACACAGCAGCCUUUGGUCAUAAUAAUGAGCUGUUAAGGAAAAUUCAAAGCCUUUCAAACAGGGUUGUUUAUACUUUGAUAUGAGACUUUAUUUAGUUGUUGUUGAGAAACUAACAACUGACUUUUCCCAUCUUCUACAGCACUUGAAACAACUCAGGCCGAGCUCUUUGAUUUGAAGACAAAAUACGAUGAGGAAUCUACAGCGAAGUAUGUCUCUUGCUGAUCUAUGCUUGUGUUUGUGGGGAGUCUUCUCCCCUCUGCCUCCUCAAAAGUCUGUCCCUGACAUCAUCCUGUGUAGUGAAUCUCCUUGCCUGGAAACCCCCCCGCCCUUCUCUCCCUCUUUCCCUAACAGCUGGAUUGUCUCCCACAACGCUCAGCAGCCUCCAAAUCCCAGCAUUACCCACGCACUGUAAAUACUGACAGCGGUUAUAAUGCAUUCUGCUGCUACAGCAAGCACCAAAAAUAGAUUUUUUUUUAAGCAGCCCAAGCUAAAGUGCUCUGAUUCCCCAACUUCAGGACUAGGGGCUCACAAGGGGUCACUGGCUUGAAACCACACAGGCCACUAUCAGGACCCGUAGAUAAUGUAGUUCCAGUUCCUUGAGCGCUGGGCAUCUAUCAGUAUUGAUCUCAUAGUAGUAGUGAGGAGGAGAACAGAAGCUUUUCCAUGUCAGCACUCCACACUGUGAAGUGGCACUUUAUGACAUUCUCACUUGGUGUCCCUCAGGGUUUAGUAUUGGGACCCAAAACCUCUCAGCUGGCACCCUUCCUGAAACUUCCAAAACUCUGUGACAAAAACGCUCUCUGUGUUGUCUGAACCAGGUGCUCUACAAAAACAUACCCCUCUUACCUUCAAACAUUAAGUCCAUCUUCAUUUUUUCUUCUAAAAAUGGUUUCCAGCAACCUGCGUGUGCCCUCUUCACAAAGUGUGACAAAGUAUCAACUUGGCUUUUAAGGUUUUCCCCCGUCCCAUUUACCAGGCCCCAAACUCACCGUGUCUCUCCAUUAACAGAGUUGUUAAAUUGAUUGGCUGUUAAAAACAGAUCGAUCUCUCUCCCUCUCUCCCUCCCUCACAAUACUUUUUCCCUGUUUCUCCCUCCCUCACUCCCACACUUUGCCUUGUGUCUCCUACAUUGUACUUUUGUGAGUGUAAAGGGAAAGACCACAGGAAGAUAUAACAUGCAGUGUAAUGGCACUGAUCAAUAGGUUUUAUUGUCUAUCGGAUGCUCCGCCUCUUUGGUUCCUCAUGACCAUGUUACCCUGUUCUUCUUCUUUAUCUCUUCUUUUUACACUUCCUUCUUCUUUUUUCUGUCCUUGUCUGUUCCUUUUAUGUCAGAUGAAAACACAUUUUGAAAAGACACAUAUAGUAGGCCCCAUUUGCUUACAAAAGCUAAUAAACACAUGCCAGCUCACAUCCACACACACACACAUACACACACUCACACAUACAAAUACGCACACUCACUCAUGAGCCUGAGGCAGUCAGGGUCCUUGACUAUGUGGCGUGCUGUGAUCUGAAAUUUUAAUGCAACGCUUUAAAGCACACACAAACCCUCUCUAACCCUGCACCCUCCCAGUCCUUGGAGUCCUUCCCCCGUUUACUGCUUGGCUGAGCAAAUCGCCAGUGUUUGGCUGAACACAACUUUUAACCCUUUGACUGCAUAUAUUUUGGCACUGCAAAAACACAAACGCCAUACAUAUCAGGCGCUCUCUCUCUCUGCACAAACCACACAAAUGAACACACACACACACACUCGCUCUAAAGUUUCCACUAAGGAGGACAUUGCGUGACAAAUCCCCCAUCCUCUUGCUGCAUUCGGGUAAUCUGCCUUUUAAAAUACACACUUGUGCACACACAAGCGGGCGUACACACGCUCCCUGAGAAUUUGGUCGAUGUUGCAGUGCCCCAGAGUGUGUGUGUGAGCGUCGGCGGGCGGCAGGCCUGCAGAUGUAGCGUAGCCCCCUCUCUGUGUUGGCGCUGUGAGGGUCUGGCUGGGCGCAUUUUUCCCGUUUAGUUCCUGUUAAAGAUUAAUGAUAUAUUGAUCCCAGGCCCCACAGGAUGCUGCGUGUGUAUGUCUGUGCAUGUGCUCUUCAGUAUGUUUCUGCCUAGUUUUAUCUCUGCAUAAAGGCUUGAUAGCAUUUUGGGGAAAGCAUUUAAUUACUGGUAAUUAGCCAGAAGUCAAUAGGCUUUUCCUGUGUCCAUCUCAAGCUCACACACACACAAAAUGGCGCACACUGUACACACACAGACACACUUUAACAGCUAGCUUCUUUUUAAGCCUCCUUGAAAUCCCCAAGGUAACACGCUGUGAAAAACGCAAUGUGGAGAAAGCCAAGGAAAGAAAAGGAAUGGAGUGAUGAAAGCUAGAGGGCAAAAAGCGAGCCGGGCUGAGGGCUACGGCAAGGAAGAAGGGGAUAAGAGUGUGAUAGAGGAGGGAAAUGAAAAUCUAAAUCAGGGGAAUAUCCUGCUGGCACUGAGGACAGAGGGCCGAGGAAGAGAGGGCAAAAGAUGAGAGAGGGGAGGUAGAAGGGGGAAGAAUAAGAUGAAAGAAGAAAAAGUGGAGGGCAACGAGAAGGGGGAAAAGGAUAGAGGGUGGAAAAGAAAAGGAUCGGUUGAGUGAGGAGUGAGAGAGAGAGAGAAGAUGAUAAGAGAUGAAAAGGCCUGUCUGAGAUGGAGGAAGUACAGUAGGGGCUUAGAGGCUCUGGGCUUGUUUCAGAAGUCCUACAGUACUCACUGAUGUCACUGGCUGCACCCGAUGGCUUUCAUGGUACAAAAGAGAGUGUGUGUGUAUGUGUGCGUCUUGUUUUUGUGCAUGUAGAAACUUCAAGUGCAUCUACUCUAUAGCUCCUCCCUGUGGCUGUUGUUCGGAGCCUGAUAAAUACAUUUUAGGGGCACAUAUCCAGGAUUAUUAUGAUUACCCGGGCCCCCCUUUUUACCAUUCAGUGUUUGAUGAAUUAAUUCCUCAGUGUGCAUUCAGCCGCUAUGGACAGCUCCUGCCCUGCCCAGUGACUGACUGACUGUAUCAGGAUAUGCCGAAAAUCCCUUCCCUGUGAUCUGAUUUGGCCCUCAGCCCCUAGCUUUGCCUUUAUAAUUCCCAAAUACAGCCAAAUCCAAAGGUUAUUUAAGAAGACUUUGUGCAUCUGUACUUUGAUUAAAUGAUCACAUUUGGAGCGGGAGCCGUGGUGUAUUUGGGUUGCAUUACUACCCAUAAACGCUCUCCAUUACAAGCUUUUCUGGCUUGUUGGCUCGCUGACCUUAACAUUUGUGUGUGUGUGUAUGGGAGAGCAACUGAGUGCACACGUGGGCCUUGCACACUAUAGCUUAAGACAGGAUAAAAGCUGGUGAGGUAGCGUACUAUUAUGUCGCUUAAAUGCAUACUAGAUCCUUUUAACUGUUCGGGAAAGAAUAAAAAGCAGCGAGUGAAAAGCUCUCCCACCCACAUCUGAUUCUUUUUGCUGCAUUGCCCGUGGCACAAUGUUGACCUAAUAUCAACUGUGUCUGUUUUGUUAAACACAUUCAAAUCAGUAGUACUCAAGCCUAUGGGACAUAACGCUGUUUCUCAUACUGCGACACACAAAUACAAAAGCUGCGUGGGUUAUUAGGUUCACCAUCAAAGGGCUGUAGUGACAUCAAAAGGUCCUAAUGGACACAGCCGUUCGCAUGCAUCUUUGCAUUCAAUGCAGCCCCUGUAUCCUUAUCAGCAAGUCUUGAAUAAACACGCAUGCAAAUGCUGCACAGCAUUGUUUGACUUUUCAUGCGUUUGUUUUUUGCGAGUUCCUCCUGCGGUGAAAUGUACUCAAAAUACAUCCCAGGGCGAGAACAAACACACACAUGCUGACAACUAAUUAACAGAGAAGGUAAUCACAUUAUAUGUAAUUCUGACGGCAUGGUGUUUAACAUAAUUUAAUGCCUCAAAAGUACAUUUCAUGUGUUUUUUUCUUGUUUGUUGUUGCCAAAGUUUUCUUCAAAUCUCGGUCUGUGUUGGCAGAAAAGUGUCAGGUGUUGAUGGCACUUAUCAAAGCGGGUUAUUCAACUAUUUUUCCAAAGACCAAUAAUAUGUGGUAUUAUGGGGAUGUAUUCCUGCUGUCUGACCUCCAGCAAGUGAGAGGUGAACCAUGGCCUCCAUCCAGACCAUUAGUCAGACACAAUCAUACAGCUUCAUAGCAGAUUAGUCUGCUGUAUUAGGACUUAGAGCUCUAUUAAUGUAAUCCCUCUGUUUUAGUGUGGCCCGGGUUUUAGGGGCUUACAUGUGCGCACCCACACACAUAGACACGCACACACACAGACACACGCUUAAAUACAUGUAUGCAUGCACGCAUACAAGCUGUUUGGGUUAUAGAGUUCACAAUCAAUGGAUUAAGGUGAAAUUUAGACAGUAGCUUAAUGGACACGACACCGGCAUUUUCUAAAUGUGUUCUCUCUGAACAAUCACACACACGCACGUGAAGUGCGCCGAGUGUUUAUUCAUCCAUGUUUAUUCAUCCAUCACUUGUUUUUGUUCAUGUGCUGGAUUUCAGUGAGUCUUUUUAAAAGCACUGUCCCAUACUCUGCUCUAACAGUAAAUGUCUUUCUCAGGGCUGAUGAGAUCGAGAUGGUGAUGACUGACCUCGAAAGGGCAAAUCAGGUAAUGCCUGCACAUUUUGUUUAUUUUUUAACUGCCACGCUGUCUGUCAGAGACUAGACGCUACAUGUUUUAUGGAUAGAAUACAGAGGGAACAGUUGAAUGCUUUGACUGGAUCAAUAAAAUAAAUCGAUUAACAGGAUAAAUAAUAAUUGAUGCGAGUUAAUUAGAUUUAAAGGACUCGAUUUAAUGGUCUUCAUAUUUUUCUCUCAUUCAAAAAAAUGUUCUUUAAAAGGGAUUUGAUUGACUGUAGGCUCUUCGGUUAUUUUGAUCUUAUCCCGACACAACCUGUCCCAGAGCCUUAAAUAAUUACUAGAGCACCUAUGUGAGCUAAUCCGCAGCUGAAAAUAGUCCCAAAGAAAUGUUUUAUUUACUCCUGGUAAAGGAACAAAUGUUUAAAGUUAUGGUGGUUGUUUUUUUGGCACAUCUCUUUGAAAAUCUGUAACCCUCUAGAUAUAUUAUUCAUAUAUUAAUAUUUGUUCUAUUAUAUUUACUUCUUCAACUGAAAAAAAAAAAGAUACUAAAAGCUUAGCCAGCUUGAUACUGCAGGAGUCUUAGACCAGUUUACCCCGAUUCACACCUGCACAAAUGAAGAAGAAAUUUGAUCAGGGACCCUCACUGAUACCAGCGUUCAGAGGAUUUUUGAUCCAGUUAGGAAGGACUGCCUCAAAAUUUGCAGGGCCACUCUGCUUAUUUUUAGCACAUUUAGUAUUUAGAAUAUGAACUCUGGGUGGUUAUGACAGUACUUUAUGAGCAGUAGUGGAAAAGAAGACAUCAGUACUGAUGUUUUUUAGUGUUUGUUGGCACACUAGGGUUAAGUAAUAUGAAAACUGAAUUGAAAACACAUCCCCAGCUUUUUCUGGAGACCAAACGAUCUGUUUCUGCCCAUAAUUUUCUGAUCCAUUGAUGGCCACUCUUGGUCUUGUUUGCAUCUUACCCUGAAUUUGGUCAGAUGGGAUCAGGUGGGAUACGCUGAGAUUGUGCAUUGCUCCAUGUAGCACGAUUUAUAAUGUUAAUUAUAUCAAGUAGCCUGCGAUAAUCUUUUUUACUCAAAAUUUACAUUAAAGAAGAAAAUGCCUUAAGUCUUCCAUAAUACAAACACUCAAGUUUUGAAUUGAUUUAAAAAACUCCUGUAGGGUGAGUCUGGCCCCCAAAAAAGAAUUAAUUCAACUCUGAUUCAGUCGGAGUUUGGACACAGCAAAAUGUUGAUACAAACAAAAUUUGAAGUUUCCAAAAUCCCAUUAAGUGUAUGUUUAAUUGAAAGUGCAGCAAAAACAACAAAUUGAAUGCUGAAAUGAUGGGUCACUCAGGAAACAAUUCAGCCAGUCGAAAAUGUACCUGAGCAUAAAAUGGAAACACAUUAGAGGAUUUCAUCAUAAAAGACACAAAGAACCAGAAGAAAUCUCUGCCAAAAAAAAAAACAAGAUUGAAAACCGAUUGCAGACGGACAGACAUGACUCUGCAGUGGAAAUUACUCCAUGGGCUCAAUUAAACAUCUAAAAACCUUUGCUUGUAGACAGUUUGUUGCCGAAUCCAGAAAUGAAGGUAAAACUGUGCCAUGCAAUAAGGAAACCUUAUUUAAGCAUGAUCUAGAAAUGUCAGCAAUUGCUCUGGGACGAGGUCCACUAAAGAUGGUCUGAGGUGAAGUGGAAACUUCCCUGUGGUCUGACAUAUCAAAGUUUAAUAUUCAUUUUGGAAACCAUGGACACCACAGACUCGGUUUCUAAAAGGAGGGUGACCACCCAGUUUUGUUCAAGUGUGUAGUUCAAAAAGCCAGCAUCCUUGAUGGUAAGGGGAUGCAUGAAUGACUGUUGCACUUAUGUAUCCCCAUACACAUCUGGAAAGGCACCGUUAAUGCUGAAUAAUGCACUCAGGUUUUGAGGCAACAUAUGCUGCGAUCCAGACAAAGCCUUUUCCAUGUAGGCCUGACAUACUACCACAACAAGAAGAUGCCAAAAACACAGUUUGUAGAAGACUCCAGUAGCCACACCGACCUGCCUGCUCUGUCUUCUUACCUGCUGAAAAAUUUGAAGUGUCAAGACAAACAUUACAACAAAGGAAUCCUCAAACCUGCUCAGUUUCCAAAUAUUUACAGUGUCAUUAAAAGAAGAUGUGACGCAACACAAUGGUCAACAUGCACUUGUCCCAACUGUCAUGAGCAUAUAUUUUUCUUAAAACAAAGUCGUUUACAGUGUUGAUAACGAUUUGUUUCCUUUGCCUUAUUUCUAAUUGGAUAUAGGCUUUGAAUGAUUUGCAAACAUUUACACACUGACUCCUGUGGGACUGGGGUUGUGGAUAAACUACUUAUACAGAGCACCAUAAUGUUUUUAAAAUACAAAUAGUUUUAACUCUAGGCAUCUGUGAAAAGCAGUCAAUGUUAACAAAUGAUUUGUUUUCAAGUGUUGGAGCUGCUGUUUGUUUUGAACGUUUACAACACACCUACUCAACCCAUCCAGCUAAAUAAAAUGCGCCCCCCAGCACGCCCUCUGCCCCCGUGUUGUAAAUAUUCCUGUGGUAUCUGUUAAUGUCAUUGUUGUUAACUUUCAUUAUUAGCCUAAGAGUAUGAUUUGUGGCUAAAGGGGUAGCAUAGGCAUGUAAUGUUAAUAUUAGCCUAAAGGUUAGCACUCUGACUAUAAUGCCACACACACACACUAUUCACACUUCUGAUUUGAGGUUUACAGUGGAUGACAGCAUGGCCUCCAGCUCAGUCACAGACUUUUUUUAUAAGCUUUUAUAAGGAGAAAAUGGAAAACAGGAUUUUUCUUUUGCAACUAACAGUCCAACUCCCACCCAGUCAAUAACAGCUCUCAAUGUGGUUGCAAUUAGAAACACUGUGGAAUCGGCUCCCUGUAACUCCUAAUGAUGGCAAGCUGGCCAGCAUUGCAGAUGAGUCCCUGCUGGAGCUUGGCAGUUUCGCUAUGAAUACGAGGCAGCGGGUAUCAUCUCAAUUCUCAGGACUAAUGUGAUAUUUUCAAUUAACGAAAAAUUCACCCUCGGCCAUAGUUCCUCACUUACUUUGCAUUCUCCCUGCCCUUCCCUGUUAUGUAUUAUUUUAUAUUUGUUUAUGCUGGAAGGGACACUGACGCACAGUUGGCUGGGAGAGGAUGAUGGCGCGUUGGAAAACUUCACUCCUCUGAUUUGAUUGCCAUUUUGGAAUGCCACUUACCAGGCACUUGUGCAGUGUAGGGUAUGAAGUAUUGUACAUGCCGGAAACCACUGACCUGGAGACAGUUUUUUAAAUAAUUAUUUUCAUGAUUUCAUCACUCAGAAAUUGGUGAUGAAACCGAACAACAUGAUUCCCUAAAGGUCUUAAAGUUGCUGCCAUAGGAGGGUUUAUUUUCUCCCUCUCUUUCCUUUAUACAUCUUGUCAAAUUAAGAAUGUUUUCAUUUGUUCUCGAGCGGGAAGUUUAGACAAGUGGAGUGAACUUUUAUGCACUAAGAAAACUACUUAAAAAGUAGCAUUAGAUGGAGGAGGACAUUUAUAAUGUUUGACAAUUUCACACAGUCUGCCGGGUAAUUUUCCUUCAACAUUUUCUCUUUUACUUCCAGCGAGCAGAAGCAGCUCAGAGAGACGCAGAGUCACUCAGAGAGCAGCUGUCCUUGGGCAGCCAGUCGCAGCCGAUCAGCAGCCCUGCCAAGGCCGCCGACCCUGACACGGUAACACAACUCACUGCGUCAUUGAUCCAAUGGCAAAGAGGUAUUGAUCGGCUAAAGAUCAAGUCUGCCUUUUGAUGUUAGAAGUGAUCAGUCGAUUAAAGCUUCAAUUUAUUGAUCACUGUGGUCACUGAUUUAAAGGUCAGGCGUUGGAUUUAUCAGUAAUGCAUUGAUUUGUCGUCUUAUGUAUUGACAACCGAGGAAAGGUUGCCAGGGUUACAAAAGCUGAUUGUAUUAUUGAUUUAUUGGAUCUAUAGAAUGUGUGUGACUCAGCAAAAAAAAAAAAGGUAUCUGCUGUGAUUGGUUAUUGCCUUCCCGCUUAUUAUUGAUCCAAACAAUAUCUUUAUACAUCAGCUUCUGUCAGACUCUGAUGAACUGAUCAGUGUAUUGAUUAUUGGACGUAUCUGACAGCAAGAGUUUGUAUUUGAGGUUUUCUAAACAUGGGUUCAGGAGGAUCUUGCUCAUCAGACUAAAGUGUGGUCUUGUUUGGCCUUUAGGAACAGGCUUCGGAGGGGGCGACCCACUCAAAUUUGGAGGCGGAGCUCAGGGCCAAAGAAAGGGAGACCGCCCAGCUGGUGGAGGAUGUCCAGAGACUGCAGGCCAGCCUGACCAAACUCCGAGAGACCACCAGCUCCCAGAUCACACAGCUGGAGCAGCAGCUCAGCACUAAAACCGCAACACUCAAGGUACCGAAAACAACCCACAUCUUCAGUUUUUUCCCCAAGGAUUUAUAUUUUCAAGGGUUUAAGGUAUUAAUUUUCUAAUGGGACUAUUUCUGCAUUUGCUUUGUUGUGUAAAUUGGUCCCACCUGUAACUAUAGUGACACAUUCACUCACUCUGUUCUGUCAUCUAGAGAUAAAACACUGAAUAAGUAUAUGACAAAGAUCCAAGGACUCCUUUCAUUUACUCAUUUAUUUCAUGUUAUUGCAUCUCUUUGUCAUCUAAAGGAACUAGAGGAGAAACUGCAGAAUCAAGCCGACUAUGAGGAGGUGAAGAAGGAGCUGAGGUGAGGAGCAUGCGAGGAGGAGUGUGUGUCUUUGUAUCUGUGUUCCCAGCAUUGAUCUAUUUAUUGCAUGCGUCUGAUGUCUUUAACAAUGUUAAACAAGCUGCAAGUCUUUCUUUAAGAUGUGUAAUUCAAUUCAGUGCUCCUGUGAAGGUGAAGCUUGUCUGUCUGUAGCUCCUCAUUUUGUGUUUUGCUCCGUGACCCAAAAUCCUUCCCGUGUCCUUUAGAAAUAGAGAUAGAAAAGCGAGCAGACUCACUGCAUGGUAAAAGUGUCUUUUGUUAAGGUUGACAUGAAGGUUUUUUUCCCUCUUUGUCUCUUCUUAGUAUCCUCAAGUCUAUGGAGUUUGGCACAUCUGACUCUGUGCAGGUAAAAGUCAAGGAAGAAUAAAUUACUGCUAAGCACCAAACCUUACACAUAAAGCUGUGCUGAAGUAAUACAUUAAAAAACAAGGAGUAGGAGUCUAGAUAUUUUCUCUAAGCCUGUAUUGGAUUUUUUCCACCUCCCCUUUCAUCAGGACUCUUCCAAACCUCUGGAGGUGCUGUUGCUGGAGAGAAACCGUAGUCUUCAAUCUGAGAGCGCUGCUCUGCGCAUCGCCAACACCGAGCUUAGCGGUGAGUGUUUGUUUCUUUUGCUUUUUCAGAUGUGAGGUCAUAGGUCACAGUUGGGUUCAACAACACUCCUUGCAAGAUCUCUGCACGGACUUGCAAAUGUGAAAGAGUGUAGCAUUAGUUAAAGCUCAGGUGAAGGAUCAGUUGUAGCUCACACUAGCGUUGUUCUUUUUCUCUGAGAAUACUUCUUCAUGCGUUCAUGUGUUUACAAUUUUGAGUCAUGUGCAGGAAAAAUGCAAAACUCUUACCACGGUUCUGAAAUGUCAUUGGUUUAGCCUCACAUUUUUUGCAGCGAAAUUAAAAGAAUAUCUGGUGCCUUUGCGUACCCCAGCAGGAGGUCAACAGUAACAAAGUUGCAACACACAAAAAUGAGGACAACAUACUACGGCCCCUACAUAAGGUCUCUUGGCCUCUGCAACAGUGUUUAUGGGUUUGAAAUGUCAUUGCUUUAGGCUUGAAUAGUUGAAUAGCUUUGAAUUGAUUAACAUUCACAGUAAGGGGAGCUUACUGUCUUACUCAAUCAUGUUAAGUCUCAAUGGUUAUGCAUUAGAAUAAUAUUUCUUCUCCAGAGCUUAUCAUCGAGAUGAAUUCCAGUUGUUACGAGACUGAGGAAAAACAUUUUAUUUUUGUGUUUGUUUUGGUGAAUGUGGAAACUUGAUCAUUAUAACUAUAUAGGAAAGAAGUGAACUGAGGUUCUUACUCAGCCAGCAGAGCUGCAGUCUCUGUUUCAGGGUGUCAUGCAUUUAUUUUCUGUUCAACUAUAAAAAAAAGUUUUUUUUCUAAGUGAGUGUUAUUGCUCCAUUUUGACCUGGAUGUAUUCUUAUGAACUUAAGACUGUGAUACUGCAUGAGCGAUGGAUUCAUUCAGUGUUUAGGAACCCACUGCAGCAGCGGCGGCACUGAAGAGGACUCUCAUGGUGUAUUGGCUUUCUGAGGACAUCUUUUUACCCUGUCCGGUUACUUCCACUCUGCCUGCAAAAGAGAGAGAGAGAGAGAGAGAGCGACUGAGCCCAGGGCCAAGCUAAUCUGCCUAAGUGGCACAGUGUCAAUUGUUUUGUUUGUCCUUUUUUUCUUCCAGGCUGUAGCUUACAAGAAAGGUUGAAAUCACAAAUGCAUGGGCACUUUGUCUGGGGGGGUUGGCAAAAAAGGAAAACAAAGUUCACUAAUUUGGAAAAGACUUGAUUAAGAUAACUUUUGUUUUUUUCUCUCUCUUUUUGGAACCCCUUUUUUGUUGACUCCCCCAUAAUGCAUGGUGUGUUUGACCUUUCUUGUAGGGUCAGCCAGGCGAAAAGGGACAGAAGAGUCCGAACCAAAGGAGGAGACCAUACCCAGCGACCCCUCUUCCUCUCCCCCUCCUCCUCCUCCCUCUCUCCCUUCAUCCUCCCAGCUACCCCUGUCUCGCACUCACACGGAUCCCCUCAACACUGCCACCACCACCAGCAGCGGUGAAGCGCACCCGUUCACUCCCACCGGCAUUGGCCAGGACUUCUACUCUCCCGUGUUCCCUCUGGUGGGGGGUAAGAUGGCUUUGAACUCUCUGAUACAGCGGCAGCUGCUGCAGACCUUCUACUCCAAAGCCUUGCAGGAGUCGUCUGGGAUCCCCAGUGGAGCUCUACUGUUCACACCCUUCACCCCAACUCUUAGCUCCAUUCCUACUUCCACCCCUGGCUCUGGCUCUGCUGCUAUCCCUCUGGCAGCCAGCAGCCCCCAGCCACCCCCAGCUAGCCCAGACAUGGCUCCUGUCAAUGGGAGCAGCACAGCCGGCAGUGCUCCAUCCCCGUCACCCAGUCACUCUGAUGCCACCACAGGAAGUAUUCUGGACGGGGAGGAUAUGGACACCGCAGAGAUUGCCCGGCAGGUUAAAGAGCAGCUGAUCAAGCACAACAUUGGUCAGCGUGUGUUUGGCCACUAUGUGCUGGGACUCUCCCAGGGCUCUGUCAGUGAGAUCUUGGCCCGACCAAAGCCGUGGAACAAGCUAACCAUCCGGGGGAAGGAGCCCUUCCACAAGAUGAGGCAGUUCCUCGCCGACGAGCAGAACAUCCUCGCUCUGCGCAGCAUCCAGGGACGCCAGAGAGGUGAGCCCCUGUACCUUUAAGGCUUCUGUGUGUGCGUGAGAGUGUGUGUGUCUUGCAUGUGUGUUUAUAUAGCCCUGCACAGAGCCAUUGAUUAGCCUGUCAAUACAGACUAGCUUUUUAUUUUUCUCUCUUUUUUUCCUAACUCCCAUCCUGUGCCACACCUGUGUGUUUUGAGUGAGUUCCCAGUCACGCACUGAUCCCAAGAGCCUCUCCUAGCUAUCGUGGUCAAUACAGAAACCUUUCACACAUCAAUAGUAUUGAUCGGUGGGGAACUAGGAGGUAGGCAGGGGUACUGUUAACUACGGGUGGAUUCGAUUAGCCUGGGCCUGCUUUUGUUAACGCAUCAGGACAUUUCUGAUUGAAGGUGGCACAAAAAAAUGGAGUAAAGUCCACCAAUCAAGUCUAGGACAUGCAGUCUGUUUUAAAAAUAGGGGUGCAGUUAGUUUGAAAUGACCUGUCAAAUAAUUUCUCCUCCUCCAGCCAGUCUGUGUACUGGUUUAAUAUUUCUGUGAGAGGUAGAGCUUUGAUUCUUAGUGGGGCCGCAGACAGUAAAGAUCAAUGCAUUUAUGGUACUGUAAUGUGCAUUGGAUGGAAGUAUCCACACAUUCCAUAUAUUUGCAGAUCAUUAUAGGGCACCAUGUAGUCUAGCUGUAAAAUAAAGGAAAGAAAACAGACACGUGCUGUAACAUAGUGUGUGGUAUAUUGUUUUUAACAGAGGGCUCAGGCCAGCCCCAGCUUAGCCGAGUGUUUCAGGAUGUCCCGAAGCGGAGAGCCUUCUCCAAUACAGCUUCACACACAGGUCUGUCCCCUUCACACACAGAGAUUCUAGCACGUUCUGUCCGUGUGGCAUGUUUGUAAUGGGGUGAACUGUAUCUCUGAUGUGUGUGUGCGUGUGUGUGUAUGUUUGUGCGCGCUUAUGUUAUGUGUGAGUUUGGGUUUAUUAAUUUGCAAGUAGGAAUACAGAUAUACAUGUGCCUUGAAGGUAACCGCACAGUGUCAGCGACUUGCGUCAAGGAAAAGCCAGCAUGUGUAUUUAGGGAUUUUAUUGCUAGUUGUUAUUCUGUGGGGAGCAUUUACUGUAUGAACCCUGUAGCACAUGUGCAUGCAUGGGCUCCAAGGGGACCAGGAAUAAAAGUAUGACAAUCCCUCCAGUUAAGCUAGUUGCCUUGUAGCUCAGUGGUGGGAAUGUUGUUCUUUGUGCUGUGCUAUGGUGUAAUUAUUCAAUGUUCUUAUAGGCUCUGUUACUGUUCUCUUUCCCUGCUCUCUAGUUGUUUAUCGCCCCUUUAAUCUGACAAGAUUUUUCAUCUCCUCCCAUUCCCUCUUCCUCUUCCUUCAGGUAACAUUACCGCCCGUGUCCGCACCCCAGAGGCAGGUUCAGAUGAGGCUAUCAAGUCCAUUCUGGAACAAGCCAAAAGAGAGCUGCAGGUGCAGAAAGCUGGUGAGUCUUUGUGUUUUUUCCUACUCGUCCUCAGAGGACUCGGAGCAUUGAAGAUGAUACAUUUAAGAUGUAAAGUGUUAGUCAGUGUCCCCCAUGAACCCUUCUGUCCUUCUUUCAACAGACUUGUCCCAUGCCCAACCCUCGUACACAGGACUGAAAGGAGGAGGUGGAAGCGGUUUAGGAGGCGGAGGGGGUAGCGGAUCAGACGAGGCCAUCCGCUCCAUCCUGGAGCAAGCCCGCCGAGAGAUGGAGGCUCAACAGGCUGCCCUGGAGCCUAUACUCAAAGCUUCAUCCUCUUCCUCAUCCACCAGUUCAUCGCUAUCCCACAGGGACCUCCUUAGCUCCUCGCUCACCGCUCCUCUCCCACCUUACAACCCCCUGGCACUCUCCCUCAAGAAGCCCACCAGCUCCCUCCUGUCCUCACCCUCGUCCCCAUCUCCCAUCCUGGACUUCAGCUCCAGCGUGAAGCGAGAGAGCCGGGCUUCUUCAGGGAUGGACAUGUCUACUGAUGGAGCUCUCAGGCUGGGUCGCAGCUCAGAGGGUUCAACCCGCUCGGGGAGCUCUGGAGGGGUGGGUUACUGGAGGGAGCAGUGGUGGAGCAACAUGCAUACGGACCCCCGCAGGGCCAUAGGCAGCCAAACAGGAGAGGAGAACCACAACCUGGAGGACUCCAAAGAGGUGAGUGAGGCAGAAAAAAAGCUGUGUGUGAGUGUGUGUGUGUGUGUGUGCUUUUCCUGCCUUCACUCAGUUUUUCUGCUGCGUUUUUCACUCCACGGCGGUUGCAUGUCUGAGCCUUUUUCUGGCUGUGUGUUUCAGGGAAUAUUGAGUGACAGUCUGUCUCGACACAAACCGUGGAACAAGUUGAACCAGAGGAGCCGAGAGCCGUACCUCCGCAUGCAGCCGUGGCUCAAUGGAGACCAGGGGCAAAACGCACACAUCCAGCAAGCCCCCAACCAAGGUAAACAUAUCAGACACACAUACAGACACACACACACAGUGGAUUCACACAACCAGACUCCUUAGGCUAGAACAUUAUUCUGAAAGCCUGAUUAGAGCUAGUGGCUAGUUGUUACUGUCAGUCUGUCACUCACCCCACCCUCCUCCUUCUCCUCCUCCCUCCUCCCUACCCUCCUCCCUCCUUCUCCCACCAUCCCCCCAUCCUCAGUGCUGUGGCAGUGUCAGCCAGCAAGCUGCUGGUUUGUCAUGUCAUAGACAAGUUAGUGUUGCAGCGCCAGAUGGCAGCUCUGCGUAUGUGUGCGUAUGCGUGUGUACGUGUGCGUGCGUGUGUGUGUCUCUCUUUCUCUCUGGGGGUGUAAACAGCAGCUAAUGUACACUGACAGCUCCUCAUGACUGCUCUCUUCCAGCCUGCUGAGCUGCACAGCAGUACUACACAGACAGAGACAGGGAGAUGAAGGAAAAGGAGGGGGAAGCCAAAAAAGCUUCAAACUGAAAACUUAAGCACCUUUGCUGUUUGUUUAACAGGAAUUAAAUUAAUUGAUGCUGUGUGACUGAAGUCCCUCCCAAGCGCAGCAGGGAGAGGAGAUGAAGCUCUUUUCUCUCACGCAGUAACAUGUCUUCUAACCUGUAUGAUCCGUCUCGCCCUGUCUCGUUUUCCGACACAGAAGGUACACCGAAGACAUCAGCGAGCUGCAGCCCCGCUCCAGAGUCCCCUCUCAGUUCAGCUGAGGAGUCCGUCAACGGUCUUGCAGGGGAUCCGCUCAGUUCACAGUCCUCCAGUCUCAAACCUCUGUCUGAGGACCCCUCGGGUGGAGAGUCUCAGCCCGGCACCCCCCUGCCUCUGCCUGGUCAUUCAGGUCUUAGCAUCCAGGAAAUGGUUGCAAUGUCUCCUGAGCUUGAUACUUACGCCAUUACCAAGAAGGUUAAGGAGGUGCUGACUGAUAACAACCUUGGUAAGAAACUCGGGAGGUGCUUUUUGUGCAGUUUAGUCGCUUUUUUUCCCCUCCCCCCAGCCUCUUUUAUUUUUUGAUGAAUUAUUCAGCCUUUGAAUCAGUUCCCUGAAAUGACUUUUUCAUUUCCUCUCCCUCUCGCCUAACCAGGCCAGCGUCUGUUUGGGGAGACUAUCCUGGGUCUGACUCAGGGUUCUGUCUCAGACCUGCUGGCCAGGCCCAAACCCUGGCACAAGCUCAGCUUGAAGGGCAGAGAGCCCUUUGUCCGCAUGCAGCUCUGGCUCCAGGACCCACACAGUGUGGAGAAACUCAUGGACAUGAAACGCCUGGAGAAGAAAGGUGUGUGGUGAAAUCACACUAACGGCAAAGACAUGCACACACCCAUGCAGAACAGCAUGGCUUCAGAUAGAAUCAACACUGAGUCAAAAGGAAAAAGCGCCAUGUUAUCUGCUUAAGUAUGCAUUUAUUUUAUUAACACAAUCACAAAAAGAUUGGAGCAGCAGCCUUUGAGCUGCACAUGCACAUCUGCACACACAAUAUCCUUUGUGCAGGACAGAAGAGCAUGUUGUGCAGAUCACAGUCAUCUUGGUGUGAUGUCAGUACCAAUCAGGGCCGCAGACAUCACAUACUGUAUUAGAUGUGACAGCUAGGGGACUGCCGGGGGCCUGCUUACUCACAGUCAUCAGCACUCCUCUUCAUCAUCGUCAUCAUCAUAAUAAUCACCAGUGUCUAUAAGCUUGUAUUUUUAUCAUUUGUUCCCCCUCAGCGCGCUCUAUCACUCCCAUCAUGCUUUCUUCCCUUCUGUUUGCAUGAUGCGUUUAAGAAUCAGCAAAGCUAAGGGGCCUCGCCCUCGCCGCUGCCUCACAGUGACCCCUAACUGCCCACUUGAAGCUCUCUCUAUGGAGAUGGGAUGCGCAUGUUUGAAUCUGCCAGUAGGCACAAGCAUCCAGGAUCAGUUUACCCUCCUGAUAUUGCGAACCAUGCACAAGGGCGAAAAACAAAACUGACCUUACACCAGUGCGUUUGGGGCCCGGGCAGUUGGAGUUCAACUUCGUUUUUGAUUAUUGACCCCAAAGUAAUGCAUCCAAAUAGCAAUGGGGAAUAGUCCUGGCCAACAGCAGAGCCCAGAGGAAAGACACAGACCUAGUCUGGGGUAACCGUAUUUGACCCCUCACCCUGGUGGUACAAGCCUGCAAGGCAGCACACAACUUUCAGAGUGGUUCUAACCUUGCUCUGAGGGGUUUUUCCCAGCAACACUAAUAUAUCUGGCAGCGUGUAUUGGGGUUGAGAAAAUGUCAACCUCAUGCAAAGCUGCCAUGAGCUGUUCAUUUUUCAGCCACUGGUGCCUGGAGAGAACAGUGCUGCUAGUUUGCUGUAAAAUGGAAGAGCUGUCCGUAUUGUUGGAAUCCCUGAGAAAGACAGUAGCACCAUCUAGUGGAUGUUAAGGAGAAUGACAGGGUAAUGAUUUGUAAUGUAUAAUAGUUAACAAAGAACAUUAUCUUUCUGCUCAACUUGGCACACCCACUAUAACCAGCUUAAAUCUAACAACCCAAAUCUUUUAAGUCUUAAACUCUGUUCAGUAAUGAAGUUAAUUACAGCACAGAUAAAUGGGACCAUGUUAGGUACUGUUUAAGUUAGUAAUGUGUGUGGUACUGCUGAUUCUAAAUACAGACAUUUUAUGUAAAAAUGUCACUUUUAAACAGUUGUGGGAUGAAACGCAUACAUAAAACAUUUUAGUCAUAUUACAGAUAACCUAAAACUGAUCAGAAAGUUAAUAUUGCGACAUCACCAAUCAACUGUUUUUGUUUGGUUUUGAGCCAAAACUCAAAAGAUGAUUCUCGUGUUGUCUUUUUUGUCUAGAUUAAAACAACAGCAAACUUUUAUUCGUAUUUGUAGUAGAAAGAUCUGAAGCAGGAGCAAGGCUAUUUUUCCUCUAUUUCGGCUUCCUUUAUGAUCCUUAAAAUCUAGGCAAACUGUCCUGAGAUUGAAUAAUCGAGUAAUAGCUGCAUCCUGAGUGUAAUCAGCUGAUAAUAGUAUUUCGAAUUAGACCAAUAGACCCCAGGAAAUCUUCCACCAGCAGAGAGUUUGAGGAACUAUCUACAAGAAAGAGGCUGAACAUGAAAUGAUGGUUUCUUGUGUUACUGACUCCCCCUCUUUUUGUGUCUCCGUCUAGCCUACAUGAAGAGGCGGCUCAGCUCCCUAAGUGACAGCCACUCUGUUGACACGGGAUUAGUGGGGCCUGAUUACAUCCAGGGUUCCCAAAGCCCGGGACAGCAGCACCUGAAGAAGCCAAGGGUAGUUCUAGGCCCAGAGGAGAAGGAGGCUCUGAAGAGGGCCUACCAGCAGAAGCCCUACCCCUCCCCCAAAACCAUUGAGGAGCUGGCCUCCCAGCUCAAUCUAAAGACCAGUACUGUCAUCAACUGGUUUCAUAAUUACAGGUCAGUAUUUGAAGAAGAGACUCACUGUAACAUGGAUUAAGUUAAUGAAGAACAGCAUAAAUCUUUGGCUCAUAGUUAUAUUUGAUGGAAACUGGUGCUGUCCCUUCUUUUUCUUCAUAAUUGUGGUUUGAGAAAAGGUUUUAGCUGACUUGUAAUAACUUUGUUUUGGUAGAUAAUUGGAUACUGCCUUGGUUAUUAUCUCUGGUUUCUGCCCUGUCAUCAUCAAAGGGACAUCAGUAGACUCAUACAAUGUUUUGAGCUCAGUAAUGUUUGCUGUGCACCCGGGGGAAAAAUGUUCAGCUUCAUGGUUUGAGUAGUGUGACUGAACGUGUUUGUCUCCUCCAGGUCACGCAUCCGGCGAGAACUCUUCAUAGAGGAGAUCCAGGCAGCUGGAGGGGUAGGGCCCGGCAGUGAUGGGGGCUCCCCUUCCCUUAGAGGGUCCAAAUCAGGAGAGGGGGACAGCUGCGAUGGGACAGAAUCUGAGGGCACAGUGGAGACACGCCAAGGACUGGGCCUCGGCCUGGAGGAUCACAGAGGAGCAUGCAAAGACCACGACAUGGAGGCUGAGUCUGAGGCAGGGGGCUCUAAUAACUCCCCUGCUCAGCUAGACUGCACCACCUCAGGCUUAGCCGGGCCAGGCUCCAGCUGUGGACAGGGUGGACUGGGGCUUUUUAGCCUCACAGAGGCGUCCCCCAGUAGCUCUGCCUCGAGUACAAACAUCCCACCCUCAGGCCCUGCCAGAAACCCCAGGGACAACAAUCUGCGCAAGAAGAAAGCAGCCAAUCUGAAUAACAUCAUCCACAGGCUGGAGAAGGCUGCCAGCAAAGAGGAUCCCUCAGAGUGGGAGUUCUAGCUCCCCCUGACCAUCCCUCAUCCCUCUUGUCUCAUAACCUCACGACCUCUAACCUUGGACCCCUCCUGCUCUGUUCCAGUUGGAGAGUGGACACAGCCAAAGUCAAGCUCAGCAGCCAUUUUUAUUACAUAGAAGCUUUCCCAAAAGUGGAAAGAAACAAAGAGUGGUUGGCAAAACCCUUAAAAGAAGAUUUACUGAAUACCUAGAAGAACAAAAUAAGAGAACCUAUGUGUCUCUCCUUUUUUUUAAACUGAGUUUUGUUUUUGUACUGAGAAAAGCACUUAGCCGUCCUGCUGGCCUCCGGCCCUGCUGUACCUCCCCCUAUCACCAGCCACUGGUGCACCAGACUGGUUAGUCCUGAGCUGGGGUCUGACCCACAGCUGGGCUUGAAACCUGGACUCAGAAACACAGGCAAGGCCUGACACAGCAGCUGUCACAGUGAUAGACACUGAUAGAUGAUAGAUAGAGACAGGAACUCUCUUACAAGAACUCUCACUUUCUUAAAGGAGAUUUUUUCCGCUCUUCUUCUCACCUCCCAAGUGUCCACAGACCUCCCCUCACUCAGUGAGACGCCUCAUUUUUCACACUGUAGAGUGACUGUUACAAACCCUUUGCCUUUUUCACUCACUGCGUGUGUGUAUAUGCGUAUGUUUGUAUGUUAGGGGUUGUGUCAGUGUGCACCUGUCUGCGUGUGUAUGCACACCCGAAACUGGUGUGUGUGCGCGCGUGUGUGUGUUCUCUUCUCAAUGGCAGCAUGUUUUCUUUUUUAUCUCACUCCUACACUCUUAAGAGGGUAGUGGAAGGCCUGCCGGCUGAGCUGCCAUGGUUACUGAUGUAAGAAAGAUGAACUUUGACCUGUUGUGUCCCAUAUCCUAUCCUGCUGACAGCCAUGUGAUGGCCAGAAGGAUCUCUUAAUUCCUUACAAACACACGCACUCAUCUGAAGAGGAAGGAAGGAAGGAACCCUCUCUUUGCCUCCUUAAACCCUUCUUUUAAGGAUGAAGGAUGAUCUCUUUUUUUCAUAUUGCAAUUUGGUUGCCAAUAAGAGAUUGCACAGUCUAUUGACUCUAAAGAGUACAAAAUAGGGAAUUUUAGGAAUCAUUUUUAAUUAGUAAAAACUAAGAGCAGAAAAGAAAAAUAAGUUACUGUUUUUAAAAAAGAAAAACGAAUUAGAACGGAAAACUGUUGCAUUGUUGAAAUACGAUACGAUGAUUUCACGUAGUACUGUAGCUGUCUGACAUGGUGAUACUUAAUGUGUCUCGUUGUUUUUAGGUUGUGAACGUCACAGCUUUUCCCCAGCACUGGACCUGCUGGGCGUGUGUGUGUGUGUGUGUGUGUGUGCGUGUGCGUGUAUGUGUAUGUGUGCGUGCGUGUGCUUGCACCACCAACAAAUUUUCUCUGUUCACAAACACGUCUUUUUAUAGGCCAAUUCAGGAAGAGUGUGUGCGUUAGUGCGUCGAUGUGUGCGCGUUCUGUGUGUCUUUGUAUUUGCCUGCAUUUAAGUCAGGGUCGAGGUCAAUUCACUCCAGUUUAAGAAGCGGAUUUUCAAUAAUGACAUUUCUGACUGAAAAAAAAAAAAAUACUUGCAAUGUACAGCUCUUGUUAAUCUGUACUUUCUGUUGGUUGCUGUCAAAGUGAAUUCACCCCAACCCUGGUGUGAGUAGUUACCACUCUCCUCCAGUCUCUCCUGUAUCCAGGGAUGUAAGUCUUUUUGCAUUGAAUUCUACUGUAAACACUACAAAUUCUAAGGCAUAUCACCUCCUCUCUGUCCCACACAAGCCCUCAGUGCCUGUCAGCCUACUGCCUCCCCUUUGUGUGCGUGUGUGUGUGUGUCAGCGUGGAUGCAUGUACACACACGCCUGUCAAUACAUGCGUGUGCACAAGUUCGUGAGUGUGUGUGUGCGCGCGUGUGUGUGAGAUUGAGGAGUGUUCAGUGUUUCCAAUGAGUGGGGUCAUAUCUCGUAUCUACUUGCACACACUACUAGUGCACAACUGACACCCUUCUUUAAGCUGUUUGAUGCGUUACCAUUACAUUAAUCUUCUCACAAAGUAGUGUAAUACUAUGAUUUACUGUAGCUUGGUUUUAUUGCUAUUUUGCAUUUAUAGUUUGGUUUUUAUUCUGCUUAUUUAUAGGUGCUGUAUUUUUCAUUUAAUGUCUUAUCAUUUGAGUUGUCUAUUUUUUAAGGGAUUAUACUGUUCCUGAGGGCAAGUAACAUUUUUAUUAGACGUAUAGACUGCCGGCAGUAUUGGUUAAUAUUUACAAAGAUGUACUAGUUCUCAUUUGUUUGUAUAUUCAUGAAUCCUAAAGUUUAGUGUCAUUUCAAUAGCUUUGAAAAAUGUGUUUGCUACAGUUCAUGCUCCCGUAAGCAUUAAGCUUUUACCACAACAGUUAUGCUCUUAAAUUGCUAGCUAGAGAAUCAGAGGACAUAUCAUGAUCAGUGACUAUAUUCUAGCAUAUCUCUUUUUCUGUUUUCUAUUCUCCAAUAAUGAUUUAUUCUCGGGCAAGCCCAACACUAACGCUCGACAGGGCACGCAGCUUCUUUUAGAUAGAGUUCGCCCACUGGUUAAUCACGUCAUUAACAGGUCCAAGUUUAUACACUUUGUCAAAAAGGUCAAGUGAAAUUACCUAAACAUGAGAUCACAUGUUAAACUUGAAAGAGGUCAUAUCUGCCAAAUUGAGAUUAGAGAAGUGUACCAGCGAGCAGGUGAGCUACGCCACAUUGAACAGAAAGCCAGCCUAUGAUUAUGCAGAAUUUCUAUUGCAGUCCGUGACAAAGCACUUAUUAGGAUCGUUUUUGAAGACGUACCUCGGACAGGGUCUGUAACACUACAACAGAGUACGAUCCCAGGGUCCUGGGAAAUGUAUGCCUUUUUUAAAAAGUGGUUGUGAACCAAGCACAGACUCUCAUCCGCACCCUAACACUAAAAAAUAAAACAAAAGUAUGCUAUACCCUUGAUUUCUACGUGAGAAACUGUAUUGUGAUACAGCAGCCCCUUUAUUCAGACUGCACAUAACUGUGUGACAGAACUUACCUUUGUCUUGUACAGUUGUAGAUAUCAUAAGUAAACACCUGUUUUGGUUUCUAUCCAGAAUCUCUAGAGUUGUAUCCCAAAGCCCCCCCUCUCCUUGAUUGUACAUGCAGCCUGGAGAAACUGAUCACUCCAUCGUACUGCAUUAAGAUGCAUUAGCUAAAAUUGGAUUUUCUAAUGGAACGAAUAAUUGUAAAACACAAACAAUGGCUUCCUGUGGAUUACUGAUGUGAAACAUCUGUCUUCUGCAAAUACUGAAGGCUUAUAGCCUUCUGUGGGACUGCUCAGACUGGACUACCACAGUAUGUUUCAUGGUGAUGAAUAGCUACUGUAGAGUAUAAGCACUUAACCCGUUACCCGUUUUAUAGUCAGAUCCAUCAACCUUCCCAAACCGUGUGAGAUCAUCAGAUUUGUGCCUUUAACUGCCAAGCAGGGCACCAAACUAGUGAUGUCAUUAGCUGUAGACGAUUUCACCUGAUUUGUUCAUAAUGUAUCCCACACCUUGAUCCAAGUUAAUUUCUCACACACUUCAUAUUGGUACUUAAAAGUCUCAGCUCUCUGCAGAGGGUUGCAUAUAUUUGCUGGAGUGCAGUGAAAACGGAAAAAAAGGAACUUUGAAAGAAGAAAAAUGGAACUCGUGUAUUUUCAUGACUGGCCUGCAGACACAUUUUCCUGUCCAGGUCUCUCUCUCUUUUAUUUGUUUUUUUUUUAGACAUUUGUUUUCCCACAAUGCAUUUCUUCCGUUGUACAUAACUAGCAGCGAAAGGCCAGAGCAUUGAAUGAAGGAGGAAGCAUGCAGAAACAGCGUACACUGUAAUAACACUGAAUUUCUUCAUAGGGCAUUUUGUAUUUUUCUGUUUGUGUCAGGUUUGCUGUGACAUUAAUAACGGCACUACAGGUAUUGAUAAUGACGUGUGCCAAUUCUAAUGGUUAUUUGGGAAAAGAGACGUGUAAAUACAGUCGAUCAAGUAGCUAUUGACUCACUAUUGUCACAGUAUGCUUUUAUUUUGAAGGCAGGAGGAGAGAAGGGACGAUUCAGGACUUUUCCAUGAUCCACAGAUAUUUUUCUACAAAUUUAAAUCAGAUGAUUCUAUACACUGUUGAAUAACAUUGUAAAGGUGUAACAGAUGCUGUAUAUCAUAUCAUGUUUUCUGAAGUUGUAAAGCUUUACUGUAUGAUCUGUUGAAAUAGUGGUUAUUCAUUUGACAUAUUAGUUGUAAUGGAAGCCCGAACAGCAGCACUGGUCACCAUAUUCAGGAAAAAAAAAAAAAAAACAAAAGAAAGAAAGAAAAACCUCAGAUGUUUUUUGUAAUACUUUUAGAAUAUAUCUUAUGAAGUGGGUUUUUGUACGGAAACACUUUCCGAAUCAGUGGUGCUGUAUGCAUAGCACACUCAGUAAUACAUACACACAUAAUACAGCACAAUACACUCAUCCUUUUAACUCCCCCCAUUCCCUCCUCUCACUUUUACUUGCGUGCUUUUUUUGUGUGUCUUUUCGCUCACCUCUCACAUUGGCUCCUGCUAACUUUUAAGUCUUAAACCAUUUCCUCUUCAUGUGCUAAUCCAUACACUUUUAACACCCAGAGAUCAGCUCUGGAUCAAUAAAAAAAAAACAUUUCAGCGAACGCUCGCAAGACUUAAAAAAAAAAAAAAAAAGAAAAAAAAAGAGGAAGCAAAAAGCCAAAUAGUGAAAUAGCUCUCCACCUCUGUCGAAAGGUUGCUGACAGAUUUUCUGAAUGUUGCUACCUUUGUGUCGUCGCUUCAGUUCACCCAUAGCUUAAACCACAGUGUAGUCUGACAACCAAAUGACCCGGGGGGAGAGCUUCACCCCCCCUACACCUCCCCCUAUGGAAAGCUUUAAGAUGCUUGUUGAGGCUUUAGCGAAUACAGAGUGUUUUUAGAUGAUUUUGUUUUCCAAUCUGUCAUCAACAACAUGGAAGUAAUAAUUAUCAUAACUUCUCCCACUGCUUUUUUUAAAUGUGAGUGUGUGUGAGUACAUGUGUGUUGUAGUACAAAAGGCUGCAUGACUGUAAAGGGAUGGUUAAGAUAUUUUUGUUCUUUUCUUUUUUUUUUUUUGGAAAGAUGUUUCCCAAGCACUUCUGUCACUCCUAAGAUACUUUUUUCUCCUUUGGGGGUGUCCCUCCCCUUUCGUUUUUCCUCAUGUAUCAUCGUUUCUUUAUCUUUCUAUUUACUAAACGUAUCAUGUUGUUUGUUCUCAGCACUGUAAAACAGUCCCUUCUACAACAUUGAAAAGCAAUAUCACUGUAUGAAACGUUCACAAUGUAUUUGUUAUGAUUGACAUUUGAUUCAUCAUCAUUAUUAUUCACAUGCACCCUAGGUGUGAUAAUUGAAGUAAAUCUCUUUUAUACAAAUACUAAAAUUGUGCCUUGGUAGUUUUUUGUUCUUUUGUCGGGAAUGUUGAACACAUGAGUGUUGGGAAAAGUAUUCUCAGAGAAAGAGACGAGGUAGAAAGCCAGGACAGAUUCAGAAAGUAGGGGGAAUAUUUUGUGGACUGCCUCUGCUUGCACAGGUGAGUUACUUCAGAUCCAUAAAUAAAACCCAGAGACAAAUGAUGACCUUUGUUUUUAAUCUGCAGUUUUUAUUCUGCUCUUGACAGGCCGCUAUGCAGACCUGCAGGUGGAGUUCUCAGCUGCAGUGAGGACCAGCGCUGAGCAGAAGGAGCUCAUCCUGAAGCUGGAGCAUGAUCUGAGCACCAUUCAGGCCAUGUCCUCCCUGCCCCGCCCGGACGCAGAGGGGUCAGAGGUCACUAACAUGGAGAACAUCCCAGAGCCGAUCAAAGAAGCUACUGCGAUGUUUGCUGGUAUGUUGCUCGAGUCAAAAAUCAGUUUCCAGCAUUCCUCCCACUGAGCAUUUUUUGGUCUAAUAGACGUCUAAAUGUAGUCUAGAUGACUGGUCUAAAAUCAGGCUACCACAGGUCUAAAAGUGAAAGUUUUCAGACGUCUAAAUUUAGACCGAGUUUAGACUAGCCAGCUAACAGAGGUCCACCAGUAUAUUGCUCAACAGCUAUCAUAAUUAUUUUGGUUUAGUAAUUGGAGAUCAGUUAUGCAACUCACAGUUGCUUUUUGAAAUAAAUACUUAUCGAAUAGCAGGUUAAAGUGCAACGUCUAAAUUCUGUCUAAAAAUAUACAGAAUCUAGACGGUUGAAAUUAGGUCUAAAAAAUAACUAGACAUCUAAUAGCCGCCUAUUGCUCAGUGGGCCUGUUAUAUCCAAAGUAGUGAUAGACAUGUUACAGCUAUUCACCAUGAUUGACAGCAGCCCAGCACUGACACAGACUGUCUGCCCUGUCUGAACUUAUAAUAAUUUUACUCAUAAGAAGAAAGAAGUCCUGUCAGAGUUAUUACAGACCACAUGCUGAUUAAAACUAUCAAGGACAUUUAAACUGUCUGCUUAGGAAAUGAAAACUGUCAUUUUAGGCACACCUUGAUUAGACUCGUCCAGGUAAUUAACAGUAUCAUUUUAUCACGGCUCCUCACUUCUGAAAUUGAUCUCCCUGUCUCGAAGCGUUCAAAACUCUUUGUUCUGCAGUAGUAGGGGCGCUCAAGUCUAAGUGCGACAGACAAAAACUGUGAAAGUGAUUGCUGACGGAACAACUUCUUUGAUUGAACUGAGGUGAACCUGCUGAGCUGAGCCUCUGCGGGAGGUGUGUCUGUUUAAAUACUGCAAAUGAGCCUGAUUAGAGGGAUUAAAGUGCUUUAUUCAUUACGAGUGACAAUCAGGACCGAUUUGAGAGUUAAGGAGUUAACUAGAUUUAGACUGACAUCCUCCCAGUCGAUUGAAACUUGUAUUGACCUGUUUUCAUAUACCCUCCUGUAUGCAAAAAACCUGAUAACACGAUGACUCAUUUUUAAUGUUUAAACUGCUCUGUCUGUGUUAUACGGCGGUUCAGGUGCGAGCCCCCAUCCUGAGCUGCCCCAGGGCCAGAUGGACUCUCUACUCUCCAUCAUCUCCAGCCAGAGGGAGAGGUUCCGCUCCCGCAACCAGGAGCUGGAAGUUGUGAGUCACCUUCACCCUUGCCACUCUCCCUCUUAUCCCAGUGCUUUUGCUUUUACUGUUGCUGUUGUUGUUGUUGUUGCGAGAUCUGAUUUCUCAAUCUUGUUGUUUUUCCCUGCAGGAGAAUCGCUCCAUGCAGCAGACCAUGCAGGCCUUGCAGAGUGAACUGGACAGCCUGAGAGCAGACAACAUCAAACUCUACGAGAAAAUCAAAUUCUUGCAAAGCUACCCUGGAAGAGUGCGUGAGCGGAAGGCGACAUUCUUGUUGAUUUGUUGGAGCCUUAAACUCUAAAUAUUUAUUUCUCUCUUUGCUACAGGCCGGAGGAAGUGAUGACACUGUGAUGCGCUACUCCUCCCAGUAUGAGGAGAGACUGGAUCCGUUUGCUUCCUUCAGCAAGAGGGUAGAAGAUACUCACUCAGAAACAUUCUCUGAAAUCCUCUAUCUCUUCUUGCUUCAUUUUUGUGCAGUAGUUUCUGAUAAAUUGCUGUCUUCUGGUCAUGAUUUAUGUAGGAGUGGUUUAAAACAAGUUAUAGAGAUUUUAAAACAUAGAAUACUUCACUUCUCAAAUAACUCCAAUGCAAAUUCACUGUCAAACAUCUUCACUGUUAUUUGAUAUUUGCUGAUGAACUGAUGUGUGUUUACAGGAGCGUCAGCGCCGAUACCUGAGCCUCAGCCCCUGGGAUAAAGCUACUUUGAGCCUGGUAACACUCAAACACACACACUGUUGGCUGUUUUACACAGAAGAUACUUUUUAAAGUUGAUUUAUCGCCUUGAAUAUCUUGGUCCAGUGAGUAAACAGCGGAUAGAAUAGCAUGAAAUAAUAGUCUGAAAGUAAAGUUUGACCUCUUAUUUUCCAACUAUUUUUAAAAUCAGUCAUUAAAAUGAAAAACUAACAGCACACAUCCCUCAGCAGCGUCCCUCAGGGAUAUUUAUGUAUUUGGUUUACUUCCCUGACUCACCUUCCUGUCCUUCAUUGUCUCUCAGGGUCGUGUGAUUCUCUCCAACAAGAUGGCGAGGACUAUCGCUUUCUUCUACACCCUAUUCCUGCAUUGUUUGGUCUUCUUGGUAAACCUCCUUUAAACCAGCAAAGACACUUCUGCUCAUCUCUAGAUACCCGGUUAAAGUGUUUGUGAUGUUUUUCUUUUUAGGUGCUGUACAAGACUGCUUGGAGCGAGAGUAUCGGCAGGGACUGUGCAACUUUCUGCGCUCAAAAGUGAGUGUGUGCAUCCUGCGUUUUGAUCAUAUCCGCAGGUUUUGAUGCAGGGAAGUUAUUCUUUUGUGUGUUUUGUUACUUACAGGUACGCGGACCACCUGCACCGUUUCCAUGAGAACGAGCAAAACCUUUAAGCUGUGAUCGACCAAAAGAGGAUGCUGGUUUGGCGUUCAGCUUCAUAAAUGCUCUAUAGAAAUUCUGACCAGUCUGUACGCAGACAGAGCUUUACCUUUUCUUCUUGUUGCAGUAUCUAACCUUUCCACUAGAGGGCAGUUUCGAGCUGUGCUAAUGAUAAUCACAGGGCUGCUAGACGCUUAAAGCCUCCUUACUUUAGACUUGAUUUUUGAUUUUUGAAGGUUCUUCUUUUAUUUUAAGAUUAAUGUAACAAUUAAAGUUAUAAAUGAAUAGUACUGUAAAAUGAAGUCGUAAGGGUCUGUUGUAUUUCCUUCCUAAAGGGGACCAUUAUACUCCAGUUUAUUCCUGGGUUUAGCUGGAAGUUUAAAUAAUCGGAGAAUUAAAUCAGUGAAUUAAUAUAAAACUUUGGUAGAACAGAUGGUUAUAUACUCAGUGUUUAAAUAAUGAGCGCACAGUGAAGAGAUAGAGGUGGUGGGGGGUUUAAAGAUAGUUAAAAUAGUUUAAAGUUCAUUAAAUCUGCUCAAAUUAAGUUUAUUGAUUUUAUGACUUAUUAGGGGAGUUGGACGUAAUCAAUAUGCAGAUGCUGAUAGAUAAUGAUAAGAAACAGUUAUACACUAACAGUUACUGAGUCUAUGAUUUUUGUGCAUGUUUACCUGAUUGCUUUUGCCCUCUUGAUAUUCCAAAUAAAGACUAUGCAGUAGUGUGUUUUGUAUUAAUUUUUCCACUGAGAUGUGC